CAAGAUCCACUAAAGGGAGAAGCAGCUGUGUUCAGAGGAGGGGGGAAGAGGUCUGGAUCAAUAACUCCCCCCCAAAAAAACACAAGACAGUGAGAAGAAUUUAACUCUCCAUCCACAGUCUGUGGGAUCAAUAUACUAAUUAACUACCCUGCAAGCGGCAUCAUUCCUAAAGGUAGAGCAGGGGACCCUUCACUGGCUGGCCUGGCACUUAUCAAAUACCCAGCGUGGAGAGUGGCACCUACCUGGUACCAGGGGGAUAGGAAUACCCCCUACCCAUCAGGACAGGCUGAACGGGGUGGCACCUUUAGACUCUGGGUACCAGGGACAUCUACAGCUGGGCAGUGGGAGCCUGCUUAUUUGGACUCAAGUGCCUUCUGUGUCCCUCUCCCCUAUACCCACCUCGCCCCAAUGAAGGAACCAGAUGCUAUCAAACUUUUUAUUGGGCAAAUUCCCAGGAACCUGGAGGAGAAGGACCUCAAGCCAAUCUUCGAGCAGUUUGGAAAAAUCUAUGAACUUACAGUCAUCAAGGAUAAAUUUACAGGGAUGCACAAAGGUAAAAGCAGGGGUGUGAAUGGGGAGGGGGGUAAAAGGGUGAAUUAUGUUGCAAAUAGGGUGAUGGGAGAAGGUAUUAUAGGAAAGAAAAGAUGCUGAGAAAGGGUCACAGGGGACAAUGGAUUCUCAGAAUGGGGGCCCUGGGAAUAAUGAAUGAUGUGAAGGGUGUCAUGGGGAGAGUGGAAAGAAAGGUGUCCUAGGGGAGAAUGGAUGCUAUGAAAGUCCAUGGGGGAAAAUUAAUCACGUGAAAGAGGUCAGAGGAAAACUGGAUGUGAAAAAUUAGUUCUGGGGGAAAUGAAAUGUUAUGAGAGGGUUCCAUUAGGUUGAUGGCUGUUCAGAAUGGGGUUUAUUGGGGUGCAGGGGGAGACUGGAUGCUGGGGCUAUGGACUAGAAUAUUGUGUGCUGGGAAUGGGUUUAUAGGAAGAAAAGAUGCAGAAAAAGUGGGCACAGGAGAGAAUGGGUGCUGAAAAUAGGGUCACAACGUAGGGGUUUAUUGGGGAAUAGCUGAUGCACAUAAAAGGUCCUGGUAGAUUGGGUUCUGUGUAUGAGGUAGGUGGAAGAAUUAAUGCUGAAAAAGGGGUACAUGGGGUUGUAAGAUAGAAAGCUAACAAAAUGGCCAUUAGAGAGAGAGAGAGUCUGGAUGCCGUUAUGGGGGUCAUGGGGGAGAGAGGAUGCUGAAAAAGGGCCCUGGGGAGACUGGAUGCUGUCAAAAGGUCAUUGAGGAGUUUGUAAUUUGUGAAAGGGGCCUUGGGGAAACCUGGUGCUGGGAAUUUCACAGGGAUAGUGGAUGCUGUGAAUUGGUUAUGGAGUGGGAAGAUGAAGUGAAAGGGUUAAGGAAAUCUGGGAAUGGGAGUAAUGGGACAAACUACAGCCAAGAACAGGGUCCUGUGUGAGAAGGGAUGCUCAAAUAGGGUGAUAUAGGAGACAUGUAACACUUAGAAGGGGGUAUGAAACCAAUGGGAUACUGAUAAGUGAAUGACAUUGGAAAAGUGGGGUCCUGCUGUAAAGGAAAGGGCAUAGGUAAGAUAAAGUGUGAGAACUAAAGGAAGACGUGAGGUGUACAUUGAGAUGGGGUAAAAUGAAAAGGAAGGCAACUAGAAUUGUGGGAGAGUUCAGAAAACUGAUGAUUAGAUGGAAUGGGACUGAACUAAGGUUGAUAAUGGGUAUGAGGCAAAGGUGGGACAUGAAGGAGACUAAAGGGUGUGAAGAUGUGGCAUGGGGAAUGCAUGCAAUGCACUAGGAAUAGGGGGAGUGUGACAUGGGUUUCACAUGGAAUUGUCAAGAGGAACAUAGGGUUAAAUGAUGGAGUAAAUGUAAUCAUGGGAACAAUUAUGAAAAGGGAGACGGGGAGGGCACUGUUAAGAAGUGAAUAAUGGAUAGGAGACAUGGGAUUAAAAUAAAGAUGGGAAAAGGUCUGUAUAAUCAUGGAGUAUAUUAAGGAAGGUAGGGAUGAUUUGGAGAGGAUGACUAAAUGGGACAUUGGAAGUAGUGACUGUGACAAGGGGAGCAUGGCUUGUAGUCAGGAAAAGAGGGAAGGAAGAAAAGAGACCACGGAAAGGGUAUAAGAGAAAUUAUUUUAUAUUUGAGGAAAGAAAUACUAAAGAGCUAAUAGAGUAUCCGAGAUGAAGGCUGUAAUAUAGUUAGGGUGUGGGGACAAAGAAGGUAAAAAUACCAGAUAGAAAGGUCAUAGUGGUCAGAAAAUCCAAGGUGAGAGAAAAGAAAGGGUAGAUAUGAUUUUUAAGUGGGACAGAAAAAUGCAAGCAAGUAAGUAAAUCACAAAAAAAUAGAAAAGAGUGAUGAGUAGACAGUUACAGGGAGAGAGUGUCAGAAAUUCUUUUGCAAAUUGGACUGUAAAAUAGAAAGAAGGCCAGGGAGACAAACAGUCAGGGUGACAGAAGGAUGGACAGUCAGCAUACCAGGGUAAUGCAGAGUCAUGGAGAUGGGAACUCACAGUGAUGAAGACACAGAGAGUAGAGUGUGGGUUAUGGAUUAUAAGUUACAUACAGAGUCAGAAAGGGUGUGGAGAACUGUGGAGCAGAAAUUAGUCUAUAAAAUACAACAUCAGGGAGAUGGAGAGUCAAUAGUAUUUUAGAAAGGAUAAGAGAGAGAUGGAGAAUGGUUUUGAACAGAUAAUAAGGUGGGGUGAUGAAAAGUCAGGGGGGAUGAGUCAGGGAAAUAGAGAGAUGGAGAAUGCGAAAGUAGAGUCAGGGUGAUGGACAGGGGAGUAAUCAGGGUGAAGAGGAGUUUAAAAAUCAGGUCAAUGUCCAUAAAAGAGAUGCAGAAUUGGGGCGAUAAAGGGUGGAGAUUAGAGAUAGUGGAAACAUUGUCUGAGAUAUAAAACAAGUUGAGGUAGCUGUAACCAGGGAGAUGGAGCUAACAUAUCAUAUCACUAUAAAGUGGCCUGGAAGGCUGAGAUUUGGGGAAGAUGUUGAUGAGAUGUGGAGUCACAGAGAUUGGAAGUAAGGGAAAUGGGAAGCCAGAGAGAUAUAAAUUCUUGGGGAUAGUAAAUGGAGAUUAGGCAGAAAUAUCUACAAGUUCAGAGAUGAAGAAUCAUGGAGAGUAGUGAAGGGACUGUAAUUCUUUGGUUCAGGGCUACAUGACAGAAUAUACUUUGAAUUAAAUGUUAUUGCAAAGCCACAUCCAUGUUUGCUGAAGAAAGGUGGAAAAUGCUGUAUGUUUAAAGAGGUGGGGGGAGGUGUUGUGUGAUAUGUGAAGAAGAUGCUGUGACAGAUGGCAGGGAAUGGGGGAGGACAAAAAGAUCAAGGAACACUUAAUGAACCAACAGUGGUUAAGCUGAACUGAGAGAGGGAGGUGCUGUUAACAGAGGGGCGAAGCCAGCCCAGUCUUGUCAAACAGUGCUGCUUACAAGGACAUCAUAGGCCUAAAUCUCUGGAUAAACAGAAGGCUAUCCCUUUACUCUGUCACCAUCACACGGCUUGUAUGUUGUAGAAAUUAACUGUGCAUUAACACAUUACCUCCACCUGUAAUUAAAAGUCUAGAAUCCCCCUGCUGAUAAACUAAACUGGUUAACUGCAAGCUUUUGGGGCACAUUGGCUAUUACUAGUGUGGUAAUAUAAUGGUAUACCCUGUCCUGUUGUCCUUACCAAUAACUCUAUAAGCUCCUUGUGACAGGGCUGUGUACUAAACUGCUAGGUUGUAAGCUUGUUGAAUAAGACUAUUACAUAAUUUUACUAGACCUCAUGUUGCUUGGGACAGGGACUUCUACAAUACUUAUAGAAUGUAAGCUUUUUGGGUCACAGUCUCGCUUUAUUCUGUUAGAUUUUACAGUCAUUGUGACAAAGUCUCCCAUUACAUAACUUUAGUAUUUAGUUUCUGGGAGGCAGGGUCUCACACAAUUAAAUGGGUCCCAUAAUGCAAUACAACAAGUUACAUGUUCCUUGGAACACCAUUUCAAAUUAUGCAGUUUAAAUGUAAGCUCCUCGGGACAGCUCAUCCAUUAUGCUAAUAGACUGUAACGUUCUUGGAUCAUAUUAAAACAUAAUUACAUGAUACUGAAAACUCCCAAAUACAGGGUCAUCUAUUACUCAACUAGAUGGCAAGAAUCUUUAGAUUGUAAGCCAUUUGGGGCAGAAACGCCACACUAUUAGUACAUCUGCAACCUCUAGUGACAUGUUUUCCCAUACCAAUAAAUUGCAAGCUCAUAUUUCCAGCUGCUUAGAUGACUUGCAUCUGUUACAAUUGUAUAUUAAAUGUAUGAAAUACUAUUAUACAAAAUAAAUGCACGGUGUUUCCAAUUUAAGGAAACCAUUUUAGUUUGAUUUUACAGUGUAUGUUCUGUGUAGAUUGAAAACAGAAUUGCCCACAGGAGGUGGGAUUUGGGAAUUUUGAACCAAACACCUGCCAUAUCUAUGUUAAUCCUGAAAUGAUUUCCCUUUUAUUAGGACCCUGAAGGCUGCACAAAUGCUCUAUUAAUGGGCUGAAACGAUCUGUUAAUUGGCUUAUCGUUAACCCACUACACACAGGAAUGAUGGAUAACAGCCCAUUUCAGGCAACUGAUAACAGCAAAUCAACAUGUUUUAAAAGCAAUUAAUUGUUACCCUUUGAAUGCUUAGACAUCAGCUCACACCAUACUUUGUUUGCAAGACUUCCAGCAAAUGUGGUGUCAAAUAUUAUUUUAAUUUAUUAAUACUUUUUUUUUUGCAGAGAUAUAAACUAAAUUGAUCCUACCAAUGCCAAUGGGACAUAAGGAAUCACUGUGUGUCAAUGGUUGGAAAGUAAAGAUGUGAGGGGUGUUAUCAAAAUGAAGGAGAGGUUCUUAGUUUCCCAGCCACUUGACUUAAUUUAAAAACACAGGCCAGAGGUAGACUUUAUCUAACUAAUACAGUACCUCUUGAAUUCUAGCUACAGAGCAUGUUAAAGUGCUAUCUUUAUAAGAAGUACCUUGCAUCCCAAUGUAUUAGAUUUCAAGCCAUCUUUGUCUUCAUAAUUUGGGUAGUAAGUCAACAAUACCCUGGUGUUGGAUGCCAAGUUAUAGUGUUGCACAUGUACAAAAAAACACGGCCAAAGGAGAUUUACCAAUCACAUGUCCUAACACAUUCAGGACCCUGUCCUAUCAGAUGCUGUUGUUAUCACACCUAUGUCCUGUGAUUGUGUGCUUACUGAGAUACAUCAGCCUAUUAGUUUUAGCCAGACACUCUAUUUCUAGUAGGGUAAUGAGCGGUCUGCAGCCUUUCCAUGUCUGAAUUUAAAUUUCCCAAUGCAGACACAUGAUAAUCUAUCAAGGGAAAUAAAAGAGUAGGCGUACAACCUCCUCCUCUUCAAUCCUAAAUAAAUGCUCUGAAUUAUUAUCCAUGCAGAAUGCCAGUAUCUGCCUUCAGCCUGACUUCCAUCCCUUCUCAGUAAAUAUUCACAACAAAAAUUAGUAUACUAUAAAUGCAUGUGGAACAGAAGACGAGGGUGUGAACAGGCCCUGUUAUGAUGGUAGUCAGGUGAACUAUGCCUGUACUGUUCUUGUAUUAUUGCAAUUAAAUAGUACAUCUGAUGAUGCUACUGCUACCAGUGUGUGUAUCCAUUAUCACUCAUGCACAAGCAGCCAUCAACAUAUGCCAUAUCAAUGUUAGUAUUCCAAGAGUAUGCCCUGUACAGGUUAUAUGUGGGUGUGUACUGUGUACCAGUGUGAUGUGUACUAUUCUGCAAAGGCAGCCAUAUUAGGUAUCCUCAGUGAGGAAUUAAAGUGGGCACCAUAAAAUGUAGGGAAAAAAACCUUUAGCAACAUUUGCACGGGAUACCUAAAAUUAUGUGUUCAGUGAUUAAGUUAAAGGUUAUGAAUGAGUCAUUGGACUUCUCUUUAAUUUCAGGGAGACGAGGCUUUGAAGAGAGGACAGAGGAUGAUAUGAUAUAAUGUAUCAGACUGAAAGCCUUUUGUAUGUAUAGCUUGAAGAGAAAAAGAGAGGGAAUUUGUUGAAAUGUGUCAGCAUGUAUACAUUAAUAUGUAUAGCAAGGAGAGUGGAUAUAGUGAAAUAUUUAACACGGAAUCCCUUUUAGAGCUUGGGAGGAAAUAUGGAAGAAGGGAUAUGAAACAGAGGGAAAAAAAAUAAACAAAAGCAUAUUACGAAAAACACUUAUUCUGUAUAGAAUAUCAGAUAAAAUGCUCUUGAAAUAUAUGGCACAGAAGAGUGGCAUGAUAUGGGAUAUAUGAUAGACAGUAUAACAUCAAAAUCCCUUCAUAUGUAUAGCAUGGGGGGAUUAAGGAGAGGUUAUAUGCCAAAACACAACAAACAGAAUGUCCUUAAUGUAAAAUAUACCAGACUGAAAGCCCUUGAUACGUAUAACCUGGAACAGAGAAAGGGAUGUGAUAAAAACACACCAGACUGAAAGUCGUUAACAUGUAUGGCAUGGAGUAGAGAAGCGAGGGAAAUAUAAUAAAAUAUCAUCAGGCUGACAGGCCUUAAUAUGUGUAGCUCAAAGGAGAGAAGGGGAUAAGGGGAUAUGAUAAAACAUAUUUAAGAUUGAAAGUUUGUUAAUAUGUAUAUCUUAUUUUAAAAAAUGGGCGAGAGAGAUAUGAUGGAGGAGAAAAGAGAGAGUAGGAUAUGAUAUAACAUAGACUGAAAACCCUUAUAAUGUUUAGCUGGAUGAUAGAUGAAGAGAAGGAUGUGAUAAAAUGUAUCAGACCGAAAGUCUUAAAUUCGUAUCGCUUGUAAAAAAGAAAGGAGAAGGAAAUAUAACGUGCAUCAGACUGAAUACUUUAAUACGUGUAAUUGAAAGAAAGAAGGCAAAGGGAGAGAAAGCCCUGAAUAUCUAUAGUUUGGAGGAGGAAAGGGAGAAGGGGUGUGAUAAGACAUAUCAGACCAAAAAUCCUUGAUAUUUACAGUUAGGAGAGAAGGGAAUAGAGGAUAUAAUAAAACAUAUUACACUGGAAGCCUUUAAUAUGUAUAUGAUGGAAGAGAAAAUGAAGUGGACGAUACAAUAAACUGUUUCACAUAAAAUGUAUCAUAGAAAGCAUUCUUAUGUGUAAAACUUGGAAAAGGGGGAUAUAAUUUACAUGAAUUAAACUGGGAGGAUAUAUAGGAGAGUUUUAAGAAAGGGGAGAAAUAUUGGUUGAAAGCUGUUAAUAGGUAUAGUGAUCGAGAAGAGAAGGGAGAGGGGGAUAUGAUAAUCAAAUGGAAAGCCCUUAAUACGUGUGGCAUGGAGAAGAGAUGGGAGAGGGGUAUAUGAUAAAGUGUAUUAGACUGAGGGGAAUAAGGAAUGAUAUAUAAAGGUAAUCAUACAACAAGCAGGUGUUGUCAAUACAAAUAAGGUGGCAUAGAUUCAUUCUAGGAAGUAAGAGGGUAAGAACAAUUAGAAAUACUUGUUAGAAGGUGUAUAACUGCUAUAUAGUUAACUAUCCCAUAGAUGUGAAGGCAGAAGAUAGAUAUAUGUUCCUGGGGUAGAUAAAAGACUGGGUUCAACAUGAAACAAAAUCAAAAAAUAAACAGGAGCCUUUCAUAGUAGCUGGGUGAGCAGCAUUUAUCUGCUGUUACAAUCAAUGUUUCUAUGUUCAUAGCAUGGAUUAUCUAAAAUUAGGAUAGAAAAGAGCAAAACUGGAUAAAGAAAAUCUCCAUCUCGUUUUUUCCAGCACAGCUCUGUGGUAAAAAAUGUGCAAAUUCUUUGUCAGUGCUUCAUAGUUCGUGAUUCAAUUUAUGAUCUAUACAUCAAACCACAGCCCAUAAUCUAUGUAUCUCAUGAACAUACAUAUUUAUCGUAUCGCUAACAGACAUGAUUAGGGAUUCCAACCAGCAUAAGAAAGAUAGGAAUAAAACAUGUAUUUACAGGUGUCCACAGCAAUGUUCAACAUGGCUGACUCGCUAGGGUUUAUUCAGUAAAUUGUAACCGAAAUUUCAAAUUAUAGACUAAAAUUGACCAACCUCUUUUUCCAACUUGCCUAUUUUAGCCUAAAUUUUGAAAUUUAGUCAUAAAAACCACAAUUCUCUGUUUACCAAAUAAAAAUUAAGUAUUGGGAAGUGGCAUGAUGUAAGAAAUUGAACCGACAUUCUAGACACUAUACGGUAACUAUUUAAUUUAAUUUUAGUGGUUAUAGUGCAUGGAUAUUAUUGGUGCUUCCUUCCAUUCAAUGUUUAGUCAUUAGUGAUGUCCCGAACGGAUCGCGAACGGUUCGCCACGAACGGUUCGCCGCGGACUCAUCACUGAGUAAACUUUGACCCUGUACCUCACAGUCAGCAGACACAUUCCAGCCAAUCAGCAGCAGACUCUCCCUCCCAGACCCUCCCACCUCCUGGACAGCUCACUAAGAAUGCAGCUUCACAAUGAAUGUAAAAUGGAUGCUGUCCAGGAGGUGGGAGGGUCUGCUGCUGAUUGGCUGGAAUGUGUCUGCUGACUGUGAGGUACAGGGUCAAAGUUUACUCAAUGAUGAAUCCGCGGCGAACCGUUCGGCGAACCGUUCGGGACAUCACUAUCAGUCAUAUUUCGAAUGGUUUAACACUAAAUGAGGGUCCCAACCUUCAAAUUACUCCAAACAUUGAUCGGCAGCAGUGAUUUAUGGAGAGUAUCAGCUGACCACUCGCAGGCUGUAACAGUUGCCCACUGCUUGUAUGAAUUUGAAUAGCAAAGGCGGUGUGUCAUUUCUGCCUUAGCCAUACAUAAGAUGGGGACUGUGUUGCAGGCAGCCGGAACCCUCGUUCAAUGUUAAACUAUUUAAAAACAAUGUAACAUUUAAUUGAGGAUGGCACCAGGGAAUAUAACCACAGCAAUAAGUUGUUAUAUUAUCUAGAGUGUCCUUUUAAAUGGUAACACUGUCAUGGUACCUGUUAGAUCUGCGCAUCAUUCUGCCACCCAUUCCUAACACCUGCGUCAGUCUGGUGUAAGUCUCCUUAACCGCAUUAUUCUGGCGUCAAUUUUGAUGCUGGUUGUUCCAAACUUGUCAUUUUAUGUUGUUAAAAUUUCUAUCUACAUAAUUUCAGCAAAAUCGGCCCUGGACCACUUGGCAUUGCAGGAUUGGCAAUUACAGAACUCCUAAACCUAUUUAAGCCCUCCUUGCAUUGUCUGCUUUGCCUUGUUGUGGUUUUCCUUGUGGUUAUACAAGAGAGUAUCCGCUCUUGUAUAAUGAGAUACUUAGUGAUCUUAGUAGUGAUUCCUGGUAUUCUGACUUCAGCUUGUCCUUGACCAUUCACUAUUCCGUAAUCCUUGACCCUGGCUUCUGUAUCCGUUAUUGUUACAUUCUGUUGUCCUCGACCUUUGCUUGCUCUUGACUUUGCUCUGACCUGCUCCACAGGUGCUAUUACUCCCUCUUAGCGUUAUGCCUGGCCAACUUUAAUAUGCCUCUGUCCAUUUCUAUUCCCUACCUUUGCUUGUUGUGACCUAAGUUCUGCGUUUUGGGCCUAGUCAUCUUAUGACAAAUACAGACCACAGGGAAUAAAGGUAUUCAUUGGAAUACAAAUUGUUUGAAAGUGAAUUCAAAGGGGAUAUAAAUCUCAGGUCCAAACAGCCGAAUUGAAUACACAGCUGACUUGGGGAAAUUUUUACAAUUCAAGUUUUGCUACUCCUGUGUCUGUCUCCAUCCAAGUUAAUGCUGCUACCAUCAGCUCCACCACACAGGCUCGCUGCCUAGGUGUUCUCUUUGACUCCGAACUCUCCUUCACGCCUCAUGAUCAAUCUAUCGACAAAUCCUGCCGCUUCCAUCUCAAAAACAUUGCGCGCAUCUGACCCUACUUAACGCCAGAUGCGACUAAGGUGCUGGUCAACUGUCCUUUCUCGCCUUGACUACUGUAAACCGCUUCUCAGUAGUCUUACGUGCUCCCAACUUAAGCCGUUACAGUCCAUAAUGAAUGCAGCGGCGAGGUUCAUCUUCCGGUCCACCCGCACCUCCCACGCCUCACCCUUCUGUCAGUCCCUACAUUGGCUUCCUGUAAGAUAUAGGACUCAAUUUAAAAUUCUGGUUCUUGCUUUCAAAUCUCUACAUAAUGCUGCUUCCACCUAUCUAUCCUCCCUAAUACACAAGUAUGUCCCGUCUAGGCCCUUAUGCUCUGCUGAAGACUUACGUCUAUCUUCUCUCCGUACUCCCACCUCUGAUGCGCGCCUUCGAGAGUUUUCUAGGGCUGCACCGUUCCUGUGGAACUCACUUCCCUCCGCUGUUAGAUGCUCACCCAGUCUCCACUGCUUCAAAAAAUUAUUCAAAACCCACUUCUUUAUAAAAGCGUAUCAAUUAAAUUGUUAAUAGCUCCCGACUGAUUCCUCUCUUGCAACUAUCAUUAUUCUACUACUAUCCUUACCUUUUGUGUCAAUUUACCCCACUCCUUCUAGCAUGUAAGCUCAUUGAGCAGGGCCCUCAACCCCUCUGUUCCUGUGUGUCCAACUUGUCUGGUUACAACUACAUGUCUGUUCGUCCACCCAUUGUAAAGCGCUGCGGAACUUGACGGCGCACUAUAAAUAUCAUAAUAAUAAUAAUAAUGUGUACAGAGCUCCCCAUAUCUGUGAUUUUUUUUAUCUGUACAGAGCUCCCCAUAUCUCAGUUAUUUUUCAUGUGUACAGAGCUCCCCAGAUUUCACAGGUAUUUUUCAUUUGUACAGAGCUCAACAUCUAUCAUUUUUCACGUGUACAGAGCUUGCUGUAGAUAUCACAAGUUUUUUUCAUGUGUACAGAGCUCCCCAUUUAUUAAUUGUCAUGUGUAUAGAGCUCCUAGGAAACUACAUGUCCCUAACCCCUUAAGGAUCAAACUUCUGGAAUAAAAGGGAAUCAUGACAUGUAAAGUGCUGCGUAAUUUGUUGGCGCUAUAUAAAUAAUAACAUAAUAAUAUAAUUGUUGUUGUUUUUUUUCUUAAACAUUACUGAUUUAUUUUCAGUGUAGAUUAGUGACUACGGGAGUAAGGGGGAUAGUCUUUUAAGCAUAUCAAUAAACAAUCCUAAAAGAAUCCAUACAUUUAUAUAUUUCUUUAAAGGUUAAAAAAAUUCUGUGUUCAAAAGUGAUAUUUGUUAAGGGACAAAAGGAAAAAAAUUGUUAACUACAAACAUGUAUUCCUAAUACUAUACAGGUAGUUUCUGACUUUACGUACGAAUUGGUUCCGAAGCGUAGUUCAUAAAGUGAGAACUAAUUUCCCAUAGACACAAUGUAAUAAACACGGGUUCCGUUCCUGACCAACAAAUUUUACCACUGAAAACCUAAAUUAUUACAGGUAAGUACAGAUACAACAUGAAAGCAUAGCAAAUACUUGUAUGUCGAAUUAAUUUUAAAGGCAUACAUACCAUAUUAAAAAACAUUCAUCAAAUUAUCAUCAAUCAUCAUACUAUUCAAUGAAGACACAUGUUGCACUUGUUGAAUGGGGGCACCUCUCUUAAACCCUCAUACUUAUUCAUUUUCUUCAUUACCAGCUUCCCCCUCUCCUUUAUCACUUUUCUUUUACUCAUUUUAUUUUUACAGCUCUUAAACUCUCCUCCUUCUCCUCUCUUACUUUCAAGCUUGCAUCUCUUUUUUAGAACUUUUCUCUUACUCCUUUUAUUUUUACAGCUCUCAAACUUUCUUCCUUCUCCCCUUUUUCAGCCCUCUCCUGCUCCUUACUAUUGCUGCCUGCCAAAACAUGGCACAAUGGCAAACACACAUACACACAGACAGCUAUGUCAGACAAAUCAAGUCAAAUCUAUACUCAAUAGCACACAGUGCAAUAAUAUUAAAGGAUCUGCAAUGUAUCAACAUGAAAACACAAAAAGAAUACAGUACAAUCUAAAUCUGUUUUUAGACUUCACUUUAUAUUCAGGAACUGUGUUCCUGAUCCUCAUCUCUCUUCUUGUCUACUCCUGACCACAAAUUCUUCUUCUUCUCUUCUUGUUUGUGCUCAAAAGCACUCUUCUCGGACCUGAUCCGUGGACCACUGACACAAAAUGUCGGUGAAACAAAAUGGCGGCAAAUCCAGAAAAAAGUUCAUAAAGUCGGGAGUUCAUAAAGCGAGAGUUCAUAACGUGAGAAAUACCUGUAGUGUUAAACUAACUGUAUAGAUUACUGUCCCCUCUCUGAAAAGGCAGUGUUUACAUUGAAAAGCCUGCAAGGACAUGCUAUAGACACCAUAACCACUACAUUAAAAGUUUACUUUAAUCCGCUUCAAUUCUUCUAAAACCUGGAAAAAAAGUGUUUUGUACUCACCUGGAAUCCAACGGCAGACAAAGUUACGGGCGCAGCCUUCCGCCCCCCCCAAGAUGUCAAUGGGGCUGUGUGCAAUCCAAUCACAGGCUUCUUAUAGAGAAGCCUGUUGGGAAUCAGAGGGACGAAGUGGGGAGGUGAAAGGAGGGAGGGUAUUUAAAAAAACAAAAAACUGCCGGCAAUGGAGGAAAGUGGGAGGGAGCUCCCACAGGGGCGGAGGGUGACAACAGACAUUAAAUGUUCUUUGAUGCCAAUGGCACAUGCUGGGGGUUUCUCUCAAGUUGAAACACUGCACAUACUGACUCCUACCACCAGGACCAUUUUAAACCACUGAAGUGGUCAUGGUUGUUGGACUAAAACUUUAAGCUGCAGUUUUCUUUUAAUGCAUAUAAUUAAUUGUUUGGUAAAACAAAAUCAUUGACUAAAACUGUAUUUUUGCUGGGCCCUAGAAACGCUCUAGCCAUGGCAGGAGAAGAGUCUCUACGAUGUAUAGUUUUAUAAAGCUAUUGUGAACUAACAUUCUCAUCAGGCUCAGCCAAACAUUGGACAAGGUUGCUUGGACUUAUAUUUCAAAUAACCUGUUUAGCAAGUGCUUGCCUAACUAUCGGAUUACAUUAGAAACAUAUCUUAAUUUCCACCAGACCCUGUCAGAAUCUAAUUAAGCAUUAGAGGAGUUGUAGGUCAAUAGGAGCAGGCAAGCUCUUGAAUGCAAUUUGCUCUAAAAAACGUGAAGCAUAUUCAAGGGUAUAACAGUUUAUAUAUGGGGUGAUAUCUUGUUGAUCCAAGGAGAAAACAUUAGGUUUUUAGACAUUAUUUGGCAAAAUUGGAAAUCACUUCUUUAGAUCAAAAGCAGGAGGACAGAUAUAGGAAAGGCUGAAUUUGAUGGGAUUGAUUCUUUUUUCAUCUUACCUGACCAUGUAUCUACUAUGUCACAGUACAUGUCACCCUCAUGUGAAAUUUAGCUCGCCACAUGUUAACUAAUACCCAUAACCGUCUAAUAUGGUUACCCCUUGCUUUUCUAUUUACAUUACUAAAGAACUCUCAUGUUCUCACUUCCCCUUUUUGAACACCCUAUCUGUGGUUCAAUCUCUCAUAGUGUUAGCACAGUACCCCUCAUCAAAAUGACAUAUCCACACAUCCAAUGACAUAUCUAAUACAUUAAACAUGAUCUAGACACAUCCACUGGCUGCAUACCUCUGGGUGGAAUUCACUUGCACGCAGGGCCUUAAUUCAUAAUGUAUUAAUUGUUUGUCUUGUAUUUGUCACCUGGUUACCCCCUGAAACACAUCGCACUCUGCUUCUUCAUAAUUUAUAGUUAGAUCUAUAUUGUCUUGAUUCAUUCUGACAAUGCAGCGCUUUACAGUACUGAUCCUAUCUAACAAUUCUGAAAAUCUAACCCCAAGAUGCACACAAUUAGGGGAAGUUAUAUAAAAAGAAAUUAAUAGAUUAAAGAAUGUUAACGUUUCCCUGGGCAUUCCGACUGCUAGCAGCAACCGGUUUAGAGAUCAUUUUACCUCUUUAUGGUUCUGCAGAUCUGUUCUUCUUAUAAAUAAAAUACACUAACAAUAUGGGAAUAUUUGGAAAUCUCUAUUCACAGGAAAAGAGGACCUGAGAGAUUUGGGAGGCUCGGCACACCACUGGUUGCCAUGCCAGUUGAUAUUGUGCUUGUGCACCUUUUGAGUCUGUGGAAGUUUACAUUCUAUCUGUAUACCUGUGGAACCUACACUAGCUUAGCAAUGUACAUGUACUGUUUACAAUGCAUAUGUGUACAUUAUUGAAUCUAUGACAGCUUAUAUUGUAUAUUUGUUCAAAUCUAUUUAUGUUUUUAUUGUUGAACUUAUGCCACUUUAUGUUGUAUAUCUAUAACAAUUUAAAUCUGCAUUUAAUUGUUAGUUAACUGCAGACCCUCAUAUGUUCCCAUUCUUGUAGGAUGCGCUUUCCUCACGUACUGUGCCCGAGAGUCUGCACUCAAAGCCCAGAGUGCCCUGCAUGAGCAGAAGACCCUGCCAGGGGUAAGUGAUCUUGUUUACUACAUAUUAAUCUUUAUUAUUCAAUUAUUAGCCUGCUUGGCAGCGCUGUGCAUCAUUAGUGUUAGCAGGGGUUAAAAUUAGAAUGAUUCCACGGAUGGUUCCUGUAAAGGUAAAAAUCUUUUACCUAAGAUUCAUUGAACCUGUUUCUCUUCUGGUAAAGGUGUAAAAAUAGCUGACUAUUAUUACCCCUUGCUUGUGUAAGUGUCAUCACUUUGGAAGGACUAUGUCUCCGAUGAGGCACACCAUCUGUGCCAGUUCCAUGGAUAGAUCCGGCCUGGGAAUUGACACAUAAACUCUCGCCUCAAUUAAUCCUUCCUUCCAGCUCUUAAACAGUCAAAGCAAACACAUUACUGUAGCCACAGUUUAUGGAGAACUCUACCAGCAGAGGUUGUUCUACCUUCUAAAUGUUCUGCAAGUUUUGGCAAAUAUUGAUAAAUUCAGACGUUCUGCAGGCCAGGGGUCGUUUUGUUUCUAUGAGAUUUUCUGCGGGUCUUGGACAAUUAAGGUUUAUAUGCAAUGGUUUUUUUUUUUGGUCUGAGGUUAAAAAUAAUCUAAGAUGUUGUGAUGGUGUGGGGUUGAUUAAAGUUAACAUGAGCGGGUUUGCUGAUCUGGAAGGAAUAUGGCUAGUAUGAAAGAUUCAGAUAGGCAAUCAAUAUGCAGUAUUCGGUUAUAUGAGAUAUACACAGUUAUAUGAGAUGUUCUACAGUUUUGGGAAGGAUAUGGUUUAUAAGAGAUAUUUUGUAGGAAUACAUGCUUUAUAUGCUAUGUUCUGCCGAUCUGGAAGGUAUAUGGUGAGUAUGAAAAGCCCUUAAGAUAUGGGUUUAGUAUGAGAUGUUCUGCGAUUUGGAAGUUAUGCACCAGCAUAUUCUGCAGCUCUAAACACUGUGUGCACAUAGCAUAUAGGUAGUGGGUGACUAACAAGUUUAAAUACAGAGACACAAAGAUUAACUGUGGACAGACUAACAAUUUAAUUUAGAUGAGAUGUUAUUCAAUUCUGGCAGAAGAAUGGUUACAACCCCUACAUUCACAGCCGGAUGGGUUAAUGAAUUUUUUAUAGGCGCCAAAACAACUUUAGCUUAAUGGAGUGGCUUUGGUGUAUAGAUCAUGCCCCUUUCAGUCUCACAGCUCAAUUCUCUGCCAUUUAGGAGUUAAAUCGCAUUGUUUAAGCAGCCCUUGGCACACCUUUCCUAAACACUUCAUGUAAAGAGAGAAAUCAUAUUUACAUUUUCCUUGUUGCACAUUCUGUUUAAUUUAGAAUUUCUUAUCUUCUGCUAAACUGGCACAUUCACCAUCUAGUGACUUUGCAUAAUUUGUAGACCCCCUGACUGUGACAUCACCACUGGGGGCCCUGUGGUCGCAGGCAGACAAAGGUGAGUUUAACUUACCUGAACCUGUCCUUUGCGGGCGCCGCCACCAUUAUUAUUACACAUUAUUGUUAAGUGCCAGGAGCUGGAGUCACAUCUGUACUCUCAUGCAUGCGAGAAAAUACAGAAUUAAGGUUUAUGAGACCACGGGAUCCUCCAUAGACAGAGCCAAUUCCCUGCAGCCGUCAAUGGUGAUGACUGGGGGAGUGACACUUCUAGACGGUGGAAGCUGUGCCCAGGUGUCAGAGGUGUCAGAAGGAGGAAAAAGGAGGAGGGACAUCAGUGCUGGAUUCAGGUAAGUGUCUGAAGUGGUUUUAACCCCUUCAGUGACGUGGGAUGGGGGGCAGGAGGAAGGGGGGCACUCGAGGAUUCUGCAGUACCAGGAAAACGGGUUUGUUUUCCUGGCACUAGAGAAUCCCUUUAACACUCUAGGGUCAAGAAUACAUGUUUGUGUUCCUUUAGUGUUCCUUUAAGCUAACAUUGUUUUGAUGCAUAUAGUAUCCCUUUAAAUUCUUGCAUUGACAUGGCUAAUAUGGAGCAUAAUCAUAAGGCCUGCCAUUAUCAUGGCUGACUUGAUAUGUUUUACAGUUGUGUCUGUGGCACAGCUAAUGUGUGUGAGAUAUUAUGUGGGGGUAGCAAUUAUUUAAGAUUCUCUGCAGGGCUGUGUUUUAUGUGAGAUACACUGUAGUGGUAUGGUUUGUAUUGUAGAGUAUACAAUGUGGUCAUGUGGGAGAGAGGGUAACAGGAGGGUAGUUCUGAAGGCAAGAGGAGGAUAGUUGAGAAUGUGAGUUCUUGGAGGGAAGGUCAAUGUUUGAGAAAUUAGGUCAUAUAAUGUAUAUGGAAGGCUAGAGUAAUGUGUCAGCGAUAGGAGGGCAAGGCAGAGAGUAACGGAAAUGUAGGAUAGCAGGAAAAGGGUGUGGUAUUGGUGAUAGGAAGUCAUAAAAUGAAACAGGAAGGAGGCUCAUUAUAGGAAGUUCUGACACAAGUAUUUGUGCCUAUUUCUUCAUGGCUUGUUUUCUAAUUGCUAUAAAAAGCUUAUCUGUCCCUCGUCAUUAAUCUUCUAAAAGAGACGAAGCAGGGGAAGGCUUGACAUGAUGCGCCCCACUCUGCUCAUUUCAAGGCUCUGAAUUACAGAGAAUAAACAUGCAAGAUUAAGGGUAUGUAGGCAGAGAGAAGCCGUUACAAGAAAUAUAUAGGUAGCUACUAGAAACCAUAACAAAAUGUACAUAGGCAGAGAGAUGCCAUGAUAAGGACUAUAUAGGUAGAGCGAUGCCAUGAUAAGGGCUAUAUAGGAAGAGAUGCCAUGAUGAGGGCUAUAAAGGUAGAGCAAUGCCAUGAUAAGGGCUACAUAGGUAGAGCGAUGCCAUGAUAAGAGGAAUAUAGGCACAGAGAUCCCAUGAUAAGGGCUAUAUAGGUAUAGCUAUACCCUGAUAAGGGCUAUAUAGGUAGAGAGAAACCACAAUUAAAGGUAAAUAAGUAAAAGAUGUCAUGAUAAGGGGAAUAUAGGUAGAGAGAAGCUACGAUUAGAACCCGGCAAAAUAUGUAUUGCGAGAAUGUAGAAAAAGAGUAAGCUGGGUGAGAAUUAUACAGGCAGAGGGCAGCUGUAAAGGUUUUAUACAGAUAUAAAGCAGUUGAGCAAUUCUGACAUAGUAUAUAGGCAAACAUCAGGUGUGUUGAGAGUAUGAAGGUGGAGGGCAGUUGUGAGAAGUUGUAUUUAAGCAAAUAGCAAGUAUUACAAAAUAAACAGGCAGAAGGCAGGUAUGCAAUAGGUAUACAGACAGCAAGCAGCUGUGAGUAGGUGCAGGUAGACAGGUAUUUCAGGGGUAUCUAGGUGGGCCACAGGAGAAUUUGGGGAUAUAAAGGAAGGCAGUAGGUGUGAUAAGGAAUACAUAUCCAGAUAGCUGAUAAGGUUUGCAUAGAUCAGGUGUGAAUGUGUAUAUGGGCAGAUGGCAGGUGUUUCAAGAACAACAUAUACACAAAGCAGGUGUCAAGAGUGGUAUAUAUAAAAGGACAUAUGGAACAAGAGGCAUUCAGGCAAUAAGCAGCUGUGAUGAGGGGUAAUAUAAGAAGUGAGCAAGUGUGUCCUGUAGAUUCAGCUUCUUCUGGCUUGUUCAUCCAGUUAAUGUCCAUUUCUCUGUAUUGUCUAUUGAAGCUUGGGUCAGUGUGGGUAAUCCAGGAGAUGCAUGGCAUGCUGGGAGGUAGAGAGAUUAUGAUUUGAUUGGAUAAUCCCAGGAUUAGAGGAGGCUCUGGGAUUUUCUGCGGGCGAUUAGAGGAGGAAUCAGUACACAGCUGGCUUCUGAUCUGGAGACCACGCCAUGCCAUCCCCCACUCCCCAAGCAUUCAAAAUGCCCACCUCAAAAAAUUAUAAUACAAUAUUACAUUUCACCCUCCAGAUAACUAGAGCAGCACCAGUCCCCUUAACCUGAUGCUGUCCCUGUCAUCCAACUGCAAAAAGAUUAAGGCUUAUAGGCAAUUUGUUGAUACCUUGAUAUGCCAAUGACAGCCAAACAAUUAUAAUUACUCCACCAUAGAUCACAUGCCGUUCUAUGCGAUACUGGCAGCAGUGCCACAGAGACAUAUAAAGCUCACAUACUAUUUAAUCUAUAUGGGAAUUAGUUGAUCGAUGUUACAUCAAGUAAUUGCAUUAAUUAACCUUUGGUGAGGGUAACGAAGAAUAUCAGUCUGUGACUGUAUGUACAGACAAUCUGCUAACUCUUUCUGACAUAACACAGGUGUGUGAAAUGCUAUCCCAAGUCCCAAAUUGAUCCAUUGUUGCACAGUAAGGUUAGAUGAUCUUAUUACAAAUUGCUACACACACACACAUUAGCCAGGUGUGAGAUCCCUGUUUUUAUAUCUCUAGAGGCAACGUUCAGGUGUUAAAACAACAACAAACAUCUAUCUAGAGGUUCAUAUGUGUAAAUUGAAUUUUGCUAAUAUAUGGAUGUAUGGACAUACAAAAAGAUAGACAGCCUUAUUUAACAAUAAAAGCAGAUAUUUGUAUUAGUUUUUUUAGUCAUAAAUAUUAAAACUAUGAAGAGGCACAUAAAAGGCAAGGGAUUUCCUAGUCAUCUCUGGUAUCUGUUUUGACAAUCAAUUGGUUGAAAACGCCUAAAAUAUAUCUACCCUUGGGGUGUGCACUGAGCUUGAAUGUUGUCAUUUUAUUACAUUCCUCUGUUUCUGCCUAAAAAAAUUAAACCUAAUUUUUUCAUGUACACAAUCAAGCUGCGGGGAAAGUAAAUAUUAGUUGCUCUUUCAGAGUAUCAAAGAAAGACACAGCAGCUCUUGAGCAUGGCAGCCUGAAUUUAAUUUAAUUUUUUUUGCAACUGCUCUACAAUACAAAACAAUACACACGUCAAACUAUAGUGAAAUGUACCAUAGGAAGACAAAUAAAAUAACGGUACAAUAUACACUGCAGCUCUGAACAAUGCAUUUCAACAAAACACCCAGAAUGACAUGUACAGAAUUUGUCACCCUUUAAAAUUUCCUAUCGUGUAGGUUCCCCUAGCAACAUCCGAUUAAAUUGAAAUUAGGCAUUACGCAGCCACAUAAACCUAUUUCACCCUUUUGUGCCUCAACAAUCUGGCACUGGUUUGUUUUGUAAAUGGGAAUUUUUGGGACAGCAUCAAGCUAAAGAUUGAUAGUUUAAAACGUCUGGUGCUAGAGAAGUAAUAAAUACUUUCUAUAUUCUAAUGUAUGGGUAAACUGCAUAAUCAAAUAUAUUUAAUUUUACUGUGAGAUCAUGUUUUCAAAUCCAGUACUGACUGCACAGUGUGACUAUAUACUGUGCAAUGUAGUGUGACACUGUAAAUAACGAGGUCUCUAAAUCUCAGUAACAUACACGUCCUAUGUUGCCUGAUGAGAGUUGCACUAAAGAGCCGCAGCCAUUUUUCAUACUCUCCACAAUUAAUUAUCUCCUGACUCACAUUCUGGCCGACGGGCUAUAGACACACAUGCACAUUCUCUCUCUAUACACACAAAUAUACGCACAGUGAUGCACUUAAUAUUUCUGCUGCCUUUGAACCCUUGCAACUGCUCUCUGUCACAUAGAACUCCCUCCAAUAUUUCAAUUGCAAGUAUGCAUUAUAUGCAAUAUAUCUAUGCACUCACACAUAUAUAAUGUAAUGCAUAUAUAACAAUGUGACGUGUCAAGAGUGUUUGUGCAGUCAUGACACAGUGUGCAUGUCUAUUUUUUUUUUUUUUUUUUUAAAGAACCUGGGCACAUGAAAUGGUAUUCAAAAGCAGACUUUAUGUAGGAACAAGGGAGAUCGCUGAAUACAGAGUACAUUUUACAUGUAUUCAUAGCACAAAAAAAAAAAUUAGAUUAAUUAUUUGUUAAUGGAGACUGUGGUUGUGCGUCCAGAGAGGGCAAAAGUGACUUUGAGUGGACUGUAGUCACUCGUACGUCAGCAUCACCACCACCUCCCCAAAACAUAAAAGGAGACAUCGCAGAGGCUCUAUCAUAGAGACUAUUUUUAAUGUUACUUAUUGGUUAUAUAUAAGUUUGUCCAUUUUGAUGUAACACGUUGAUAGCUAUUAGGGGAAUACUUAGCAAUGAUGGUUUUUAUGGCUAAACUUCUCUUGUGGAUGGCGUCAUCUAGAAAUUAUGUAAUUUGGGAGAGAUCCAUGCUUUCUUAUAGCUCAUCAUCACCGGAUCAUUUUUUAAAAUAUAUUAUUUAGGACUUGUAGCCUAUUCUUAAAGAUAGGCUCCUAUCUUCAAUUUAUUAUCCAUUAUAUUCAUGCCUUGUUUUAUUUUUUUGGGAGGAUGGCGGUGAUGCUUACGUAAGAGUGACGUCAGGCCGCUCAAAAUCCCUUCCGCCCUCUUCCCAAAUGCGCGACCAUGGUCUACAUUAACAAGUUAGUGAUUGUUUAUGUGCUAUAAAUAUGUGUGAAAUGUACUCUGUAUCCAGGCUUGAUAAAGGGCAAAUAACUGAGAUGAAAUGUUGCUGUUCCUUGUUCCUAAAUAAAGUCUGCUUUUGGAUACCAUUUCGUAUGUCCAGGUUCUUUCUUCAAAAUUUUACUGCUGGGAACUCAUACUCCCCUCCUAGAGACACACCGGAGUGAGUGUCUGCAUUAUUUCAACAAGUGCAUUCUUACCUGGACUGUGGAUACAGAGAAUGUCUGUGACUGUAUAUUUAAGUGUAAUGCAUGCAGUGAGACACACAUACAAGCCCCUAAUGAAUCGCACACGCACAAAUAUGUUGUGUGGGGUGUGUUACACUGCAGAUUUAACAUUAAGGAGAGCUGCAGUUGUAUAGGGAGCUGUUUUUUUCAGUGGGUAAGAGGAUGCUCAGGCUGGAGGUGUACAGGAUACAUUUACCAGUGGCAUGGUUACAUUUUGCAUCACUGUAACCUGCACGCAGCACUUUAGGUCGGCAGGACAUGCACAGUUGAAACUGUGAGUUUGGCAGACAAUCAACAAGAAGAGAACAGAAGGAGGGGUCACUUCUCGGGUUUCUCCCUUAUUCCAAUAUUGAUUUCAUUUGCAAAAAUGUAGAGAUUAAUGAAUAACCCUGAGUUUUUCACCCGCUGUCCCCAACAGUUUUUACAUAUGUCAUUCUAGUGUGUAUCAUGGCUGUGAGUAAUGUGUGUGUGCUGGCUAUGUACAAUGUGUGCAUGUCUGUGAUUGUUGGCUGCGUGUAAUGUAAUGUAUAUGUAAUGUUCUCAGUUUCAUUAAGUUUGGGGGUUUUGUCAUCCCGUCCCCGUCCCCUCCUUUUUUUUUUCAAUGCCAAGUGCAGAGAUGUGUUAGCAACAAUUCAUAUCACUGCAGCUUAUUAUGGCAGGCAUGCCCUAUUUGUAAUAUUGUAAUAAAUCCGCACUACAAGGAUACUAGUUCUCCAGAUAUAUUUUUCUUUAAUUCAUUCUGUUCUUUUGAGUGAGGUAUUGUUAUUUUGUGAGAAGUUGAAGACCAGGAGCACCCUGCCCUUGCUCUAACCUGCAUACAGCAAGGAUAAAGACAAAAAUAAACUGCCUGCCCGACACCUAGAACUAUAUAUACUGGGUGUCGAGUGAUAGGACCUCCCAAUCUCUGAAUUAUAUAUAAACCUGCUAUGUAAUUAUAACCAUGUGUCACAAUAUAUAAAUUCAAUACAUCUUGCUGAAACAAAAGUCUAAUCCCAUGUUCACCUUUUAUUGUAGAUAUUCCAUGGCCUGGACCUGAAAUGUAGCUAAAUUAAUGCCUUGGGAACUGUGGGAAUUAGAAUAACAUAAAUAAAUGCAAUUUCCUUUUAGAAAACCAAAGGAAAAAAGUUACCUGCGCUCUCUCCUUAAUACCUAUGUAUAUUUAAACAAAUGGAGGUCAUUUAGUUACUCCAAUUGCCACUGGAGGGAAUGCCCGCCUGCCAACGUCAAGGCAGACCUACGGGUCCUACUCUGACCCUUCAUCUUGCUCUCUUGAGCUUCUGGCAAAGAUAUCUAUAAUGAGACAGAAAGGGGUAUAUUGUAGAUAUUCCAUGGCCUGGACCUGAAAUUUAGCUAAAUUUAAGGAACACUAUAGUCACCUAAAUUACUUUCGCUAAAUAAAGCAGUUUUAGUGUAUAAAUCAUUCCCCUGCAAUUUCACUUCUCAAUUCACUGUCAUUUAGGAGUUAAAUCACUUUGUUUCUGUUUAUGCAGCCCUAGCCACACCUCCCCUGGCUAUGAUUGACAGAGGCUGCAUGAAAAAAAAACUGGUUUCACUUUCAAACAGAUGUAAUUUACCUUAAAUAAUUGUAUCUCAAUCUCUAAAUUGAACUUUAAUCACAUACAGGGAGUGCAGAAUUAUUAGGCAAAUGAGUAUUUUGACCACAUCAUCCUCUUUAUGCAUGUUGUCUUACUCCAAGCUGUAUAGGCUCGAAAGCCUACUACCAAUUAAGCAUAUUAGGUGAUGUGCAUCUCUGUAAUGAGAAGGGGUGUGGUCUAAUGACAUCAACACCCUAUAUCAGGUGUGCAUAAUUAUUAGGCAACUUCCUUUCCUUUGGCAAAAUGGGUCAAAAGAAGGACUUGACAGGCUCAGAAAAGUCAAAAAUAGUGAGAUAUCUUGCAGAGGGAUGCAGCACUCUUAAAAUUGCAAAGCUUCUGAAGCGUGAUCAUCGAACAAUCAAGCGUUUCAUUCAAAAUAGUCAACAGGGUCGCAAGAAGCGUGUGGAAAAACCAAGGCGCAAAAUAACUGCCCAUGAACUGAGAAAAGUCAAGCGUGCAGCUGCCACGAUGCCACUUGCCACCAGUUUGGCCAUAUUUCAGAGCUGCAACAUCACUGGAGUGCCCAAAAGCACAAGGUGUGCAAUACUCAGAGACAUGGCCAAGGUAAGAAAGGCUGAAAGACGACCACCACUGAACAAGACACACAAGCUGAAACGUCAAGACUGGGCCAAGAAAUAUCUCAAGACUGAUUUUUCUAAGGUUUUAUGGACUGAUGAAAUGAGAGUGAGUCUUGAUGGGCCAGAUGGAUGGGCCCGUGGCUGGAUUGGUAAAGGGCAGAGAGCUCCAGUCCGACUCAGACGCCAGCAAGGUGGAGGUGGAGUACUGGUUUGGGCUGGUAUCAUCAAAGAUGAGCUUGUGGGGCCUUUUCGGGUUGAGGAUGGAGUCAAGCUCAACUCCCAGUCCUACUGCCAGUUCCUGGAAGACACCUUCUUCAAGCAGUGGUACAGGAAGAAGUCUGCAUCCUUCAAGAAAAACAUGAUUUUCAUGCAGGACAAUGCUCCAUCACACGCGUCCAAGUACUCCACAGCGUGGCUGGCAAGAAAGGGUAUAAAAGAAGAAAAUCUAAUGACAUGGCCUCCUUGUUCACCUGAUCUGAACCCCAUUGAGAACCUGUGGUCCAUCAUCAAAUGUGAGAUUUACAAGGAGGGAAAACAGUACACCUCUCUGAACAGUGUCUGGGAGGCUGUGGUUGCUGCUGCACGCAAUGUUGAUGGUGAACAGAUCAAAACACUGACAGAAUCCAUGGAUGGCAGGCUUUUGAGUGUCCUUGCAAAGAAAGGUGGCUAUAUUGGUCACUGAUUUGUUUUUGUUUUGUUUUUGAAUGUCAGAAAUGUAUAUUUGUGAAUGUUGAGAUGUUAUAUUGGUUUCACUGGUAAUAAUAAAUAAUUGAAAUGGGUAUAUAUUUGUUUUUUGUUAAGUUGCCUAAUAAUUAUGCACAGUAAUAGUCACCUGCACACACAGAUAUCCCCCUAACAUAGCUAUAACUAAAAACAAACUAAAAACUACUUCCAAAAAUAUUCAGCUUUGAUAUUAAUGAGUUUUUUGGGUUCAUUGAGAACAUGGUUGCUGUUCAAUAAUAAAAUUAAUCCUCAAAAAUACAACUUGCCUAAUAAUUCUGCACUCCCUUUAUAGGAGGCUCUUGCAGGGUCUAGCAAGCUAUAAACAUAGCAGGGGAUAAGAAAAUCUUAAUUAAACAGAACUUGUAAUAAAGAAAGCCUAAAUAGGGCUCUCUUUACAUGAAGUGUUUAUGGAACCCUGUGUAAGUCACAUGCAGGGAGGUGUGACUAGGGUUCAUAAACAAAGGGAUUUAACUCCUAAAUGGCAGAGGAUUGAGCAGUGAGGCUGCAGGGGCAUGUUCUAAACACCAAAACUGCUUCAUUAAGCUAAAGUUGUUCAGGUGACUAUAGUGUCCCUUUAAUGCCUUGGGAACUGUGGGAAUUCGAAUAACAUAAAUAAAUGCAAACACUUUUCUAGAAAAGAUAGAGAAUACAUACAGUCAUAUAUAUAAUGAAUCUAAUGUACGUUAAAUAAAAACCAAGAGAAAGACUCAGCGACAAAGUAAAGAAUGAAAUGAUAAUAACAAGAAAAGAUUGAAGUUGAAGACCGCCAUGGAAAGAGAGCCAAUUUGUAGAAGCGAGAAAAUGUGUCUCUUUCUUACUGUGACAAUAUGAUUUAACAACAGAUCCCAGAUGUUCUCUUUGUCUGAUAUUGAGAGUACUUUUUGAGAGUACUACCAUGCACCUCUUGACAAGCAUAUCUUUUAAUUAGGAAUUGGAAAAUAGGUCAUGAACACAUGAUUUAAAAUUAAGUACACAUUAGGUUGUAAUAACUUAUUAAUAGCUUUAUGUCAUUUUCUUCAUUGUAAUAAUGCUUUUUGUAUAUUUUAAAUUGUAUAUAUUGAGUUUUUCAAACAAAUGCCUUGUGUACCCUUACCUUCCCUGUCUCACCUGCCAGCUGGAUUUACCCUUGGUCAGACUAUUCAGUUAUUCAACCUAAUACUCACUACCGUAGAGCAGUCACGGGGUGGUAAUUUACCAUUGCUCUGUGUGCACCGUUUAGCAGAACAGGUUGGUCGCCCAUUUAUUGAACGGUAAUGCACUUUUUUCAGAUUGGGCAUUUCCCAAACCAGUGCUCUUUCAGCUUUCAUCUUUUUCUGUCAGGUGCUACUGCAUUACUCAGUUGCUUGGAAGAUCGGCACACAGCUUGGUAAUUGUAACAGAAGUUGUCUGACGAUGAUGGAGGCUGACUGUAUAACACAGUACAGCCGCUUGAUCUGGUAAUCGUGCAAAGCAAAUUAAUAAAUAGUCAGACUAACGAAAGAGAGGCAAGGGGAGAGCACAAAUUACAAUAAAUAGCCUGCCCUGCUAUGAAUGCAUUACAGCAGGUCAAUAAAUGGUGAGUACUGGGUCCGAUAAUGGAUUCCUGAAUAAAAAUUAAGCUGGAUGAGAUGGCAGGUGAGACAGGAGGAAUGGAAAAGGUAAACAAAACAUUCAUGCAAAAAAACUUGCCAAAUGUGAUUUAAAAAAACAAAAAAACAUCACAUGGAAGAAAAUAACAUACAGCUUCAAAUAAGCAAUGUCAAUCUUCCUUUAUACAAAUACUGUCAAAUUCCAGUUUUAUCCUCUACAUGUCGCUCAGCCUUGGGAUACUCUCUAGGUAAGUUGGCUCAGCUUAUCUACUGUCACUUUUGCCUUACAAAAUGUAUUGUUUGAAUAGCCCCAGGCCAGCAGACAUUCAGUGGGGUGAGGAGUCUGCUACGACUCUUCAGAGAUGCAAUUUCUCUUGAGUCAUUUUCCUUUGGGGAUAUCAAGAUGUAAAUAAGAAUGCUUGCAAAUAAGUGUUGUCUGAAAGAGGCUUACAUCACAGCUCAGUGUAGUGAUUAUGGUGUAAAUGGGCUAUGGGCAGAUACAUGCGUGUUUUUUCUUAAAUCAAAUAGAAGCAUUUUUUCGAAAAGUAGUGGCUUUUCUCAUCUCCAGCCACAUUUACAAGGCAAAAUAUAAUCUUCUGCUUUAUCAGAAUCUAUCCCAUCUAAUCUGGAUGUCAGUGAACGACCUACAACCUGCUGAAACAGAUCUCAUUGAGUCUCACACAGUUAGUUCUCCACAGAUUCAACUUCUAAGUGAUUCUCACUAACUCCGUGUACAACAUUUAACUAGAUGAUAAUUCGAUCAUGUAUGUAUAUAAGAUAUUUUUCUGCAAGAUUACAAUCUCCAAAAAUGCUGAAGGAAUCCUACCAAAUUUAAAAGAGAUUGACAAAGUUUUGGUCUAUAUUGUUGUACUCCCCUCUGGAAAAUUAAAUAAAAUCUCUAAAUUACAUUAACACCCAUUAAAAACACUAAUCCAUCCUGAUCCGAAUUUCAAGUAAUGUAAAUUUAAGUUGAUUAUGGAGAUUAAUAAUUUGCUAAAUCAAAUGACUUCUAAGGGAGAAUGCUCUGGAGCACAGAAGGGGCAGAGAUCUAGUUCUACAGAUUACCUCAGAACUGGAAAUGUAUCUUGUUUAAGGAGUUGUAAGCUAGAAUUGUAUUUAAUAAUGGCUCUAGUAACGCGCAUGUGUUUUUUCAAAACUCUUUUCAUGGGCAGAAGACAAGGAUGAGAAGAAACAUGUUAAUUUUUUUUUUCAAUUAUUACUCUCUUAAAAGUUAGUGAAGCCCAACCUCAUCAUAAAAAUAGAAUUUAGGUAUGUAGGGAAAUAUGUUACAUUUUUAUUCUGACAUUAAUUGGACAAGAGGAGCAUAAAUAACACAAUAAUUGGUCCGGGGAUGAAGAACCCUUAGUCACAAGUCUAGAACAUUGGCCAGUGCAUAAUGUUACUCAUGACGUUUUGGGACCUAAUCACCCAGUGAAUAUAUUUGAAAGUCCGGUAUUAAAACAAAAUAACUAGUAGACAUACACAGCCAGGUAUAAAUGGUUGUAGUUUUGUAAUAAUCAGGCUUGUGACACAUCUGCAGGUAUGUCAAACAUCUGAUGUGCUGCGGUGGGGCCAGGCUGUGUAGAUCACCUGUGUGCAUGUCAAAUAUAUGUUGGACUGGGGAGAGGCCGAGCUGUGUGUAACACCUGAGAGCAAAUCAGAUGUGUUAAUCUGGACAAUUGCCAAGCCGUGUUAUACACAAAAGGACAGAUCAGGUACAUUGAAGAAUUUAUUUUUAUAAUUGGCAUUUAUUUAGCACCAAUAUACAAUAUAAUAAAGGGGGAAAUUUAACAAUAAAUCAGACAAUUACAAAAUGUUACAGGAACAGUAGGUGAUGAGGACCCUGCUCAAACAAGCUUACAAUCUAUAUGUAGUGUGUGUGUGUGUCUGUCUGUCUGUCUUCCACAACAGGCCACAAUUCUGGAUCAUGAGCAUAGAUUGUGUGCCCCUUCUUGCUUUUCCUCUUCAUUAAAGGACCACUAUAGUGCCAGGAAAACAUACUAGUUUUCCUGGCACUAUAGUGCCCUGAGGGUGCCCACACCCUCAGGGUCCCCCUCCCGCCCGGCUCUGGGGAGAGGAAAGGGUUAAAAACUUACCUUUUUCCAUCGCUGGGCGGGGAGCUCUCCUCCUCCGAUCCUCCCCGUCGGCUGAAUGCGCACACGCGGCAAGAGCUGCGCGCGCAUUCAGCCGGUCACAUAGGAAAGCAUUAUCAAUGCUUUCCUAUGGACGCUUGCGUGCUCUCACUGUGAUUUUCACAGUGAGAGGCACGCAAGCGCCUCUAGCGGCUGUCAAUGAGACAGCCACUAGAGGAAUUGGGGGAAGGCUUAACCCAUUCAUAAACAUAGCAGUUUCUCUGAAACUGCUAUGUUUAUAAAAGAAUGGGUUAAGCCUAGCUGGACCUGGCACCCAGAUCACUUCAUUAAGCUGAAGUGGUCUGGGUGCCUAGAGUGGUCCUUUAACCCUCACCUGCUUUAUCUCUCUCCGCUCACUAAUUCUUUCUUACAGGGCUAUUCACUAAAGUGAGAAUUCAAAUUGAAUUUUAAUGUAAGACCAAAUUAGCUGAACUGGAAGCAUAACUGACUUAGAGAUUUUGUUUUUCAGCUCAGCUAUUAUGACCUUAAAUGUGAAAUUAAUUUGCUUUCUCGCUACCUUUAACCAACUCCCGCUUACACAUUGUAUAUCCUCUUCCCAUACAUUAUUCCCAUGUAUUAUGAUGCUCUGACUUAUUGCCCCUCCUAGUUCUGCCUUAUUCUUUAUCCCCAGCUCAUCAUAAAUACAUAUCUCUGUCUACCCUCUCUCAGCCCCCCCAUAUUAUCCCUCUCUUCAUUGUAUUGCACUAUCUUUAUCUUUUAUAUGUUCCCCUCACAUGUUCUUUUGAAUAGGGCCCUUUUUACCUUUAAAAUAAAGCCUUUCUAUAAUUUUGAAGGGUUGCAGAAUAUGUUGAUGCUAUACACAUGAUAACAAUAAUAAUAUUUUUUCACUCUCUUCCUUAUUCUCUGCUCUCAGUCUGUUGUUGUUGUUGUUUCUUUCCCUUUAUUUCGUUCCUCUCUGUUGCAACAUAUUAUUGUAUAUUAUUAUCGCUCCAUAAAAUUGUUAAGUCUUUAGAUCUUUCCCCUGCUCUCCACAAUAUUUGCCCUUACAAGCUUUCUAUGAUCUGCUUUGCUCUUCUCUUAUCUGAACUCCAAUUUAACAUGCCAUUUGCACAAUCUCCUCUACUUACCUAUUCUGCCUCUCCCACCCCAUCCCCACCUUACAUCCAAUUCUAUCGCUUGCCCUCCUUUUCUACAUUCUCCUUUAUUCUUCAGACUUCCUCUUUGAUAGCUCUCAUUCUCUUUGACUAUAUUGUCUGACACAUCCUCUCUCUAAUGUUCCUUCCUAUUAUUCUCUCCUCAAUUGUCCAUACAGGUUUUCUAAAUUUUUUGGGGGGUGAUUGUAUGCCCCCAUUUCUUUGUUUACACGGAGAAGUGAUGAUGUCACUGCAGUUACCUAGCAACAACUGGGAUAAAUCAGGGCGAGUAGGUGGUUGCUAAGGAGCGUGUUCUCAAGUUUCCAUGGUUACCAAGCAUCUGGCUCUUUUGUCGGUGAAUGAAAUCCUGGGACCUAUUCCCUCCAAUUAGCCAGCAUCUUUUUGUAGGGGGAGAGGAGAAAGGAUGUGGGGUACCAACCAUAUUCAUGGAAAUAAAUGUCCCUUCUUAUGGCUCUACUUUUAGCAGAAGAGGUUCAGCAAAUUAAUAAAAGCUGAGGAAAGGGGGAUUUAUUCUUUGCACAUGUAUACAUACACAAAAAGAGUAUUUAUUAACAGUGAUUUAUGCUGCUGGGAAAAACCAUUGUUACAAAGCUCAGUCCCAUAACAUAUUUUUCUUUAAAAAAUACAAUUUUCUCUAAAUCACGUCUUCACAAGUAAUAAUCUCUCAAAACUGUUUACCCGGACUACUCUACUCCCACACCCCCCCUCUUAUUUUUAAACACCACCCUCCCCCCUUGAUGAUAACAUAUCAUCUAUGUUAUCUUUAAGGCCCACCCAUCCCUAAAAGCCCUCUAACAGAUUAUCAGUUGCUAGGGGAAACAACUGUUGCCUAGCAACACCUGGGAUGGGAUGCAGAGUCGGAUGCCAUGGCAACGCUUCUUCCAUCCUGGAGCUCCAGAAUUGGCAAUUAACUGCUUCACUGCCACACACAGAUCAACUUUUAACGCUAACGAAAACAAAUUAUUUCCUGUUUUAUAGUCUCUUCACUGCCACGGACAUGUCAUCCUCCUAACCUUAUAUAGUGCCAAUGAUAUGCUGCCUUUUUAAAACUUCUUAACUGCCACAGACAUACCAUCCUAAUAAUUUUGUACAUUGUGAUGCUCAUGUGUAUUAUCCGUUCACACUCCUACUGACAUGCUAAUCAAUUAACCCUUCACAGCACAAUUGGCAUGCCAACCUAUUUAAUCUUCUUACAUCCAAAUAUGCUAUUGUGUUAACCCUUCAAACUGCCAUGAACAUGCCAACCUAUUAAUCACUCACACUGCCACAGAAAUGCCAAUCUACAUUUACAUAGAAAGUGACAGCCUUUUAAAUCUUCAAUUUACCAUUGGUAUACCAACCUAUAAUGCUUUCAAACUCUAAGAGACCGGCAAACGUGUUGUUCCUACCUGUUAACUCUUACACUAUAUUUACAUUACGACAGGUAUGACUAACUGUUCACUCACCAGACCACCACAGGCAUGCCAAUAUAUUUAACAUUUUAAUGCUGCCACAGACAUGUUUAACUGUUAACAGUUUACACUGACAGACAUGUCAAAUUGCUUCCUGUACACUCUGCCACUGACAUGCCAACCUAUUAACCUUUCACAGUGUCGAGUUGCGCAGCCUGGUUAAUUAUGAGUAGUGUAUGGGGGAAGGUGUUCUCCUGUGAGCUUGUCCCUGUUAAUUGACAGAUGAACCUUUAAUUAAACACAGGGACAGAAAUAGGGACAGAAAUAGGGCAAAUGUGAGAAGCUGUAACAGCCUGCUGUUACCAGAUACAAACACAAUAAUAUAUUGUGAUACAAGAACACCCUGACAUGUUCAAAGAAUGACACUGAUAUACUGAAACAAUGACACAGUGUGGCACAAUUACACACUGACACAAUGAUACAAUGACAGUUAUACAACUACAGUCAUAGAAUUACACAUUAAGCCAAACGUACGGUGUGACACUGUGUAUGAAUACACCGACACUCAUACAAUGACAGUGUGACAGAACACAUUGACACAUUUAUCCAAUGACACACUGAAUUAAGAACAUACUGACACAAUCAUACAAUGACACAGUGCAAAUUAAGGACACACUAACACACUCCUACAAUAAAACAUUGUGACACAAGAACACACUGACACACUCAUACAAUGAGACAGUGUGACACAAUAAUACACAUUUAAUGACAUGGUGUGAAAGAAGAACAUAUUGAUACUGUGUAGUAUGUAACACAUAAGUGUUAAAUAAUGUUUUAUUUUAGAGUUGCAACCCCUCCCUUCCCAAAAUAAUUGUAUUUUGCUGUUAUGUUUGGAAAAAUAUUGUACCAAGGAUUACAGUAAAAUGUAGUGUUUUUAAAAAGGCAUAAUAUUUGUUGUUUGUCUUUUUGUAAUGUGUCUUCCAGUCACUACCUUUUGAGUGUCUACAUAUGUGUGUAUGGACAGAGGGCCAAGGCCAAGAACAAUUCUGUCAGUGAGUGUCUCCCUUGGAAGAUCUAUAGGGGGUAUUUACAAAAAAAAAAAAAAAAACUCUGACAGCAAACCAUGGCCAAGACGACACAGUAAAGCAGUAACGUAUUGGGUUAAUGUUAGACCCUGGAGCCUGUAUGAGAUAACUGUUUGUAUCCAAGUGUGAAACUGAAAAUUGAAGGGAAAUGGUUUUGAAAAACUGAAAAAAAAGAUUUGGGGGAUGAUCACAAAUAAUCAUCAUUAAAAUACGAUAUACUUGAUAACAGAAUGGUCACAAGUGGGAGGGAUGGUCACAAUAAUUAUUAUCAUUUAUAGGACAUACAAUUAUUAUCAUGUACAUUGGUCAUUCAAUUAUUCCUAUUGAUAUAGGACAUAUAUGACAAUUAAUGCAAUAUCAGUAUAUUUUUCCUGGUAAAAUAUUUUCUAGAUACAUUAAUGGCACCAUAAUAUUCCGUGGUCCAUAGUGCUUUAUUUUACUAUGGGGAUACAAAACAGAAAACGAAUGACAAACAAAUUAAUAUGAGUAGAAACAAGGAACAUAGAAGUAUUGUGAUGACACUGGGAUACAGGCAGUCUACCAGUUUGCUGCACCCCACUCCUCUUAGUAUAGGGCCAAGCUUAUAUUUAUACAGACCCCUGUCUAACCAUGGGCCCUAGGUAGCUGUGUUAGCUUGCCCUAUAUUUAAACUGGCUGCAAAUCUAGCAUUAACUCAUAAUUGCCACUGCUACACUAUGUAUGUUUAACACUGUGAGUGCUGCAACCUUGCAAAUAGUUUGCUCGGGUUCAUUUUAGGGUUUUGAUAUGUUUUUACUUUGUACUGCAAACCCUGAUUAUUUUAACUGUGUUUGACCCUUAAGACCAAUUUAUCUUACUGUAUGUGCCCACUGGGCAGAAAAAUAUGAAAUAUCUGUAAGCCAUGGGAACUAUAUAUAACUUUUCAAGGGUUUUUUUUUCCCUGUACUUUCUUCUCCGAGACAGCUAAUGUCUACAGCUGGUGAAAAUCGUGCUGCCAUUUUGUCCUAUAAAUAUAGAAAAAUGGGUUUUCAAUCCGCUACAGAGGUAGCUCCGUGUGGAUCUCCCAACACUCAGAGUGACGUGCAACAAAGAUUAAGAAAUGUAUAUUAACUCCCAAGUUGUUCCUGAACUCUGACUGACCCUCACUACUUCCAACGCCAAAUUGCUCUCAUUUUCCACAUGUAGAGAAGUUACUUGAAAAUAAAUAAGUAGUAUUACACUGAACCUAUUUCAUGUGCUGACAGUUCUGUAAAAGAAAAGCAUUUAGCACGAAGAAAUUCGGAAAGAGACCAGGGGGACAGCACUGAGAAUAAUUUAUAGGGUAAUUUUUCCUUUUCUAUUAAUUAUUAAUCCUCAGGUGAGAGUGGUAUGAAGUCAUACAUUAUGGAUUCCAUGUUUAUAAGCGUUUGUUGUGCUUCGUUUUCAUGCUAACUGUUCAAGUAGAAUUAUGCUGUGUGUUCUCUAUAACUUAUUCCAAAAGGCAAUCUACCAUUGUACAACAAAUCAGGGCAAGAAAACCAGAAGACACAUUUAAGUAGUGGUGGGAGAAAGCCUUGUUCGUACAUCCAAUUGUGAAUAAGUCUAAUAUGUUUUAGUGAGUACCCAGUUUGGCAAACAAAUGCUGAGUCCUUUGGAGAAUCAGAAUUGUGCCUGCACCAUCUGGGUGUUAGGUACAAGAGAAGAACUUAUUCCAUCAGUAUUGCAACAGUUUAUAAAUAGACUAAUUUGGACAUUUGGUCCCUAUAAUAAACAAUGUCACUGAUAAUUUUUAAGGCCUCUUCUGAAAUCUUUUAAGGCAGGAUUGUAGUUCUUCAGAGAAGAAUUGUUUGGAAGACCUAAAAAUUUUCAUGAUCUAUUGCCUAGUUCUCUGAACCACUAUGGCACAAUGGAAAAAAUGUCUGCAAGCUCUCCAUGUUCAAAUCAUAAGUUCCUUUAGAGUUUUAUGUGCUCUCUUUAUCAUCAAAGACAUCAAUGAGAAAGACUUUUCUCAGCUCUCUUACAACAAGACUUUUCUCUUUUCUUUGGGGUCAUUCUAAGCUGCUUGCAGGACAUGAACACAAUCCUUUACAAAACUAAGUACUUUGUCCCUGGACCGGUUGGGUCAGACAGCCUCAAGUGGCUUUACAAAGAUCUUCAUUUCUAGAGCCUUAACUAUAUGAAGUGUGCCUAAUCUACUGUAUGUAAGCUUGUAUAAUUUAUUUAUUUAUUACUGGCAUUUAUAAAGCGCCAACAGAUUCUGUACAAUAAGUGGAGGACGUACAAUAUACACAGACAAAAUUUAAAGGUCUUGUAAACAUCGUUCCAGUGUGGUAACCUGUAACUCAGUACCAUAUUGCUCAAUUUUUCUUUCUUUUAAUCAGCAGUGUAAUAUGCAAAUUCGUAGAUAAAAUAUAAUCAUUGUUACCUCUUUGAAGCAUAUGUGAAUGUGGAGUGCUCCCUCGCCAUCUCAAUGCAAAUAUUCGUAGGCCGAAUCUCUCUAAAACCAUGGGGAUGCAGCUUGAGAAAAACGCAAUUUCCUGGGAACAGCAUGAAAUAUGCUUAUCAGGCUUAGUGAAAAGUCAGAUAUAUGUAUAAUGACAUCCAGUCAAGAAAUAGAAUUAACUCAGUAUGGGUCUGUCUUCACUGGACACAACUCCUGUUUUUCCAAACAGUGCUUUUUGUUUUAAAAAUGCAUGUAAACAGUUAUGUCACAAGAAACACAUCUGUCUAUAGUUGUAGCAUUUUUCUUUUCUUUUUUUGUAGCAAAUAGUGAGUAGACUUUUUUGCAUCUGAUACAGUGAUAGUAACUGCCCUAUAAUGGACAAUGCAAUAGCCCUUUAAAACACAGAUAUUAUUAAACUAAUUAUUCUCUAAGUGCCACCAUAUUACCUAGCCCUGUGCAAUUUAAUUCAAAAAGACAAAUUUAACAUCAACAAGAAGUAGUGAACCCCUUCGCAAGCUAAAUUAUAUUCCUAAUAAUGUAAAAGAGAUGUAUAAUGGAAGAAACAUCAUGGGGACUAAGUACAAACAUUCUACAUUGCUGAUUAAAAAUUUCAGGGCAAAAUCAACAAAAAUAUUUUUAUAUUAGCCCCUUAACCCUCCAGGUGCUCCCUAGAUUUUAUAAUUCCAUCAAGAAAGGUUUAAUUUAAUUUUACCAGUGACUUUGUUUUUCCUAAAAACUAACAAAUUACGAAAAACUAUUUUACCUGCUUAGGACAUGGCCCAUCUUUCAACCAAAUAUUCCUUAAAAGGCUGGUUUUGUUUUUAUUUUCCAUCUCUAGCGCCACCAUGUGUCAUAAAGGAGAAAUAGUGCACACAAAAUGUUGGCAAUGAAGACCUUUGAGCCUUUAUGUGACUCGUAAUAACAUUCGUCAUAUAUGAUAAUUAACGUUUAAGAGGAAAUGUAUUCAAUGAAAUGGAGUGAAAUAGGCAAUUGCCUCACAUCUUUCCAAGGGUUAUCUAAUGGCAGCUUGUAUGAAUUGAAUGGCAAAUUGUUUGUUACCCAGGCAAAUCAGCAUGAGCCUGUCUAUGUCGCUCAUUACAAUGUCAUCACAGUAUUUUUUAAUUGCAGUUAUAACUCAAUAUCAAAACAGCUGGGCAUACAUCUAAAUCACUGGGGUGGAUUGUAUUGUCAUAACAAUGUUGUCAUUUAAGACCCUUAAUAUUCCAGUAAUGACACACUCAAUUAUUAACAACAAUGCUCCAGACAGCUGCAGAGGAGAAACAAGUGUGACAUGUUGACACAGGGUCCUUAUGGAAUGUCAUUGGUCCUCAAUAAAGGGUUAAUGUGAUGAACUCCAGGGACAGUCUUUUUAACCACCCACAUCUCAUAUCAAUGAAGUCGUGCUUUAAAACUUACAGUAUGAAUCUUUACAAGCAUAUCAGCCCUUACCAACAAUUAUAAUACUUUUAAAAUCAUUUCACACUGUCAUACACGGUGCUCUAGUAGUGUAUUACAAUGUUAUAUAGAGACAUAAUGUUAUACUACAUGACUCUACAAUACAUUCAAUGCAUUAGAAACAAUAUGGGGUUUUUUUGGGGUUUGUUUUUUGUCAUUACAAAGUGUUUGUUUAACCCUGAUCGUGAAGGGUUGAACUCAAUCUAAUACAAUGUUAUAUUGCGAAAUGUGUCUAUUGAUGAAUUGUAAGACUGAUGUAUUGAUGCCACAUGACACUGAUUUAUUGAUACAUUGUCACAGUUCGCUAUAUUAAAACAUUAUAACAUUUUAAUAUAUUGAUUCAAUUUGACACAAAAACAAACUGACACUCAAUUCCCAAUGCAGGCAUUAUUAUUCUUUCAGUAAAUCGUGGCCUAAAAGUGUUUUGGCUUAACCUCUUGUGUGCCUGUCAGAUAGUGUGUUAUAGUUUGUGAAUCUUUCUGAAUAUUUAUUUUAUCAGCGAAAGUCGAUGUGGCUUUUGUGUGUGUAUUAUAUAUGUGUAUGUGUAUCAGCAGUAAUUUUAAGUAUACAGAGUCAAAACACAAUUUAGUAGCACAUUUUCUCCAGGCAGCAGUUAAGGUAAUACAUUCAGAUUUGGCAAGCUGUCCAUCUGUUGGUUUUUGAGACGGGGUCACGAUGUCAUGUAUAGGCAGACGUUAUUAAGCAAGUGCCACAAAAUUGCUUUGGGUACGGGAUAAACUAAAUGUGUUGUACAAAGGUUAUGGUUUUCAAUUCUAAGGGCUUAUCUAUGGUCUGCAGAAAAAGGCCUGCCUGGGGACAGUGAUUAUUUAUAAACAGCGUACUGAUACACACCACAGAGAUGUGGGCAGCAUCACUAAAUCAGAGGCUUCCCAUAUUCCUGCAUAUGCAUUGGACAGUGUGUGUGUCAUAUUGCUGUGCAGCUAGAUUGAUAGUUUUGGUUUGUGGUAGAUGACAUAAUUCCAUAAAUAGCUGGAGACUAACAUGACAAAUGUUCGGGGAAGCUGCCUUGAUGUUUUAUUAGUAGAGGUUACAAUAGCGUACCAUAUACAUCUAUGAUCUCCAUUCUUUUUGUGGCGUGUGUCACAUGCAUGUUUGUCAAAUGCAAUAAGUAAGACACCUGAAGGCUCUCCUUAAUUUUUCAUCACUGACCCCCGUAUAGAAACAUAGAAACAUAGAAUGUGACGGCAGAUAAGAACCAUUCGGCCCAUCUUGUCUGCCCAAGCAUCCUUUGUUACUCCAUACAUAAAUCCUUUUAUCACUAGCCAAACAAUGCCUACCAUGGUACUGUGAUAGUGUAACUCACGGACACACAAUUACACACUGAAUGGCACAAUAACACAAAGCAUUCACUGAUAUGAAGAGCCCAAUAUGUAUAGAUCAUUGGGCAAAGUGCUAAAUGUGGAGCAAACAGCAAGCACUCUAUAUUUGUUUCCUUGGCAAUUGCCAAGAAUUUCUCUUCAUAAAUAUGUUUCAUUGUUAAGACAUUAUUGUUGGGUAUAUCUCUAUGAAAUUUCAUAAAGUAACAUUCUAUUUUCUACAUUUCAGAUGAACCGGCCAAUUCAGGUGAAACCAGCAGAUAGUGAAAGCAGAGGAGGUAAAAUAUUGAGCUUUCAAACUUGAUGUCUAGAAUCAAUCGUAUAUAUAUCUUGUUAGACCUCAUUGAACACCAAACCCACCCCCCCGCAUCCCCCCUCCACACACACACACUCACACUCCUUACCUAUACUCCUCUCCCGAACACAUAAUAAGUUUCCAAUUCCCCAGUACCUCUUUCCCACACCCCAUUCAUUUGCCUCUCCCCAGCAGCCCAUUCUGUAGUACCCUACCCCUGCACCAGUUGUUACACACCAUAUCUCUACCCUCCCAUUCACCCAUCUUUGUUCAUUUAAUAACAACCCAUUACAGAACACCCUUCUUCAUCUCAGCAUUCUUUCAUUAACAUCAUAUUUCUACACUUUUGCUCCUAACCACAGCACCCUAUCUCGAUAGUUCUCUCUAGCGCCCAAUCCUUGUGCGUCUUCCCAGAACCCCAACACCUGCACCUCUCCCUAGAACCUCUGCCUUUUUCCAGUGACCAUUCUCGACACCAACCUAUCCAAAUAUUUCUCAUGCAUUUACACUCCACUUGUCCCACAAUCGCAUGCUUCUAAUAUCUUCUUUUUCCUCCAAUUGCUUUUCAUUAAAUGCCUGCCUGUCACACAGAGGACCGCAAACUUUUUGUGGGUAUGCUUGGAAAGCAACAAACAGAUGAGGAUGUUCGGAGGAUGUUUGAACCCUUUGGAAAUAUUGAUGAGUGUACUGUUCUGCGGGGGCCGGAUGGAACCAGCAAAGGUAUGUUUAGGACAUACUCUGUGGCAUUCCAUUAGGGAAUACAUUAGCUAUAUAAAGGGAUAAAGUUGAAUUUAAAGGAGUCCUAUUUAUUAAUAACCACAAUCAAUAGAACAGGCGAUGCCAUGGCAUGGAUGAAUCCUAGAACCCUACUAGUCCCCCAAAUUCCCUAUAGCAUUUAUAAAAAAAAAAUUCUUUAUGUGUAAGAUUUUGUACAUAGUUACAUACUAAUCAAGGUUGAAAAAAAGACUAAAGUCUAUCAAGGUCAGCCCUUAAAACUAUUCCUCUUUGCUGUGGAUCCAAAACAAGGCAAAAAAACAAAAACAUUUAUGGUUAUUUCCAAUUAUGCCACUAAAAAAUAUCCUACCUGUCUCCAUAGUGGCAAUCACAUUUCUCUUUGGAUCGGCAACCUGAUCCAUACAUAUUAAUUAUAUUGUUGAAUAUUCUGUUUAUACAAAAAAGACAUCCAAGCCUUUUUUUAAAAAGAUCUCUAGAAUCUGAUAACACAACCUCUUUAGGCAGAUAAUUCCACAUCUUUGUUGUUCUUACUGUAAAGAACCCUUCCCUCUGUUGUAAACAAAAGCACAUUUCUUCCAGUCUCAGCGAGUGACCAUGUAUCUGUUGUAUAUUCCUAGUACUGAACAGGUUAGCCGUUUGUACUGACCCUGUAUUUAUUUGUAUAGUGCUAUCAUAUCCCCUCUGAUGUGCCUUUUUUCUAAAGAAAACAAAUGUAGCUUUUCUAGCCUUACCACGUAACUAAUGUUUUCCACCCCUCUGCAUUGUUUUCUAGUUCUGCACUAUUCUUCUUUAAUACUGGUGCCAAAACUGCACAGUAUAAAACUGCACAGUAUAUUGAAGGCAAAAUUAUAUUCAUAUCCCUUUUUUUAUACAUGACACCACCUUACUAGCUUUUGCAAUGGCAAACUGACAAGUUCUUUUAAUUUAAAGUUAUCUCUAACUCAAUUCCAUUUAAUGUAACAGUGGCUGGUGGGUUUCUUAUUCCAAAAUGCAUGACUUUGCGUCAGGAAGCCACACUCCUUGACAUAAUAGAGAAAAUGCCUUCAGACAGUUGGUUCAGCCCCUACUGGACCUUAUUAGUGAGUUCUUAUUCCACUUACACCUCAGCACAAUACCACCCACAAGGGCAAUCUAACACUAAAAUGGCAGACCCCACCAAACAAGAGAUACAGUCAGAGAUACUGCAAUCUCAAAUAAUCCAAAGUAAUAUCAUGGCCAGUAUUCCAUGCAGACAUAGCCCAUCUACUUAUUUCUGUAAUCAACCACAUAGUGAAACAUACAUAACAGUUAAAGGACCACUAUAGUGCCAGGAAAACAUGCUCUCACUGUGAAAAUCACAGUGAGAAGCACGCAAGCACCUCUAGUGGCUGUCAAUGAGACAGCCACUAGAGGCUUUGGGGGAAGGCUUAACCCAUUCAUAAACAUAGCAGUUUCUCUGAAACUGCUAUGUUUAUUAAAAAAUGGGUUAACCCUAGCUGGACCUGGCACCCAGACCACUUCAUUAAGCUGAAGUGGUCUGGGUGCCUAGAGUGGUCCUUUAAAUACAGCAAUAGAUUGGGAUCAUAGUUAUGUAUCUCUUUGGUGUGGUUUCUUUAUGUUGUACAGUAACGUGACGCUGUUUGUGAUUGUAUUGCGGUGCUGUGUAGUGAUGUGAUUUCUCCCUCUCUCAAGGCUGUGCAUUUGUGAAGUUUCAGACACACACAGAGGCUCAGGCAGCGAUUAACACAUUGCAUGGGAGCAGAACUCUUCCGGUAAGAUGACACAUGUACUUGUUUCGUGAUAUAUACAUACCAUUGUGUUCAUUCAUAUACAUUCACCAUGCAAGUGCAAAAAUGUCAAGGUUUUCCAGAUCCCAAUAUAUUGUACUUGAACGAAAUGACUAAUCAAGCUUUACACAUCUCAGUGUCUCAUAUUCAUGGUGACUAUACCAACCCUUAAAUAAUGAAUCCUUUUGGAAGAUAAAUACUGUGGAACAACAAAACUGAAUGAGUCCUGCAGUAUUCAUUUUCAUAAAAGAAUCUGGAUUAUAGGAAAAUUAGCUGGCUGUACAUAUUGGGGUUUACUAAACAAUGACUUGUACUGCGCUAACAAUGUAAUUGGAAAAUACAGGAGGAAAGUGUUAAUCUGUAAAGAUUUUGACUAUUAUAGUCUUAAUUUUGGUAAUCAUAGAGUUAUUCACUAAAGUGAAAAAUCAAAAUGAAUUUAAAAAUUAAAGCCAAAAUAGCUGAAAUUAGAUAGCUGACUUAGAGCAGUGUCCCUGUUUGGCAAUUUAUUUUCUUGAAUUUGAAAUUCACUUUAGUAAAUGAUCCUGUCAGUUUUCAAUUAACUACUAGGUUGCCUAUGCCUGCUAUCGUAUAUCCAGGGCUCAAAAUUUGAUUGCUAUAAACAAGUCAGGGCUAAAUGUUACUCACCUCUGCAAACCUCCCCCUACAGCAGUGAUGGCUACAUAAAUUGUUUCUGGGCUACAUUUCCCAUUAUGCUCAGCUAGCCUUUAGAAUCUAAAAUCUAGCUGAGCAUCAUGGGAAAUGUAGUCCAGAAACAAUUUAUGAUGUCAAGAUUAGCCAUCACUGUCCUACAGACAUCAUAUAGCCAUCCUAUAGCUGCUGCUUUUAGAGAAUCACUGGUGGUAGUUGGGGUCCACUUACAAUGGUUGUAUUUCCGCUUACCAGGACUUUAUUUCAAUUUCUAAUAUCUAAAGUGGUAGUGUAAAUUUUGAGCCCUGUUAUUGUUUAUUAUUGCAGUGCAAUACCUCUGUAUCUUUAAAUGGAAAUGCUCUCUGAAUACUAAAAAAAUGUACUGGUACAUUUUUUAAAGUGUAUACUUUUACAUGGUGUGUAUACAAUGUAUAAUAUUAUAGGAGUGUAUGCUGUGCAAUAGUUCAUGGUUAUUAUUAUUUUAUUAUUUAUAUAGCGCCAUCAGAUUCCGUAGUGCUGUACAAUGGGUGGACUAACAUAUAUGUAACUGUAACCAGAUAACUGGACGUACAGGAACAGAGAGGUGGAGGGCCCUGCUCAAUGAUGUUACAUUCUAGAGGGAGUGGGGUAUAGUGACACAAAGGGUAAAAGUAGGGGUACGAAGUAGGUUGUUAGAAAAGUAUUCAACUAGGACUUAGUAGGUAAUUUUGACAGUUGCAGGAGAGGAGUCAUAGGGGUUGAUAUGCUUUCUUGAAGAAGUGAGUUUUCAAUGAUUUUUUUGAAUGAGUGGAGACUGGGUGAAAGUCUUACGGAAAAGGGAAGUGACUUCCACAGAAGAGGUGCAGCCCUGGAGAAAUUAUAGGUGGGAGUACGGACAGACGAUAUACGUAGGUCUUUGGCAGAGUGUAGGGGCCUCGACGGGACAUACUUGUGUAUUAGGGAGGAUAGGUAUGUUGGAGCAGCAUCAUAGGGACUUGUAAGCAAGCACCAGAAUUUUAAAUUGAGCCCUAUAUCUAACUGGAAGCCAAUGCAGGGACUGAUAGAGCAGGGAGGCGUAGGAGGUGCGAGCGGUCAGGAAAAUGAGCCUCGCCGCCGCGUUCAUUAUAGAUUGCAGCGGUGCAAUUUGGGAACACAUAAGACCACCGAGAAGGGGAUUGCAGUAGUCAAGGCGAGAGAGAACAACAGCAUGGACCAGCACCUUAGCCGCAUCUGGCUUUAAAUAGGGGCGGUUGCGCGCUGUGUUUUUGAGAUGGAAGCGACAUUGAUUGGACAUGAGGGGUGAAGGAGAGGUUGGAGUCAAAAAGUACACCCAGGCAGCAAGCCUGCAAGGUAGAGGUGAUGGUAGCGCCGUUGACAGACACGGGAGUGGUAACACUUGAGGGAGGAAAGACCAGAAGUUCUGUUUUGGACAGCUUAAGGAAGUGAGCAGCCAUCCAGUUGCAAAUCACAGAGAGGCAGUCAGAGACAGAGACACUAGUCAAGAUGGGCGGAGAGAGAUCAGGAGAGGACAGGUAGAUUUGCGUGUCAUUUGCAUAGAAAUGAUAACAGAAGCCAAAGAAGCUGAUGAGUUUACCAAGGGAGGAAGUAUUGAUAGAGAACAGUAGGGGACCAAGGACAGAACCUUGGGGGAUGCUGACAGAAAGUGGUUGGGGGUAGAGGCAGAGUCAGAGAAAGUAACACACAUAAUUGGGGUUACAGUUGCAUGUUUCAAGGGUGAGGGAAAUGUGCCAGAGGAAAGGGAGAGAUUGAAAUUUUAGUGAGAGGAAGAGCAAGAGAGGGAGACAAAGUGCAGAUGAGAUAUGAGGGAAUAGGAUCGAGGGAACAGGUGGUAGGGUAGGAGGACCGGAGCAGAGCAGGAACCUCUUCUGCUGUAGCAGGUGUGAAUGAGUGUAGGAUGGUGGAGGGAGUGGGGUUGGGUGAUGUAUUGGUAGGGGAAGGAGAGAAAUUAGAGAUCUCUUCUCUGAUUGUACAGAUCUCAGUGAAGUGAGAUGCAAAGUUUGUGGUGGACAAGGUGGUAGAAGGAGGGGGAGUAAAAGGGCGAAGAGGAGCAUCAAAAGUGUGAAAUAGGUGUUUGCGGUGAUGGGACAGUGUACUUGUGAGGGUGUUAAAGUAAUUUACUUUUGCAGCGGAAAGAGCCAGGCUGUAGGAGCACAGCAUAAAUUUAUUGUGGAGGAAGUCAGAUGCAAAGUGAGACUUUCUCCAGCAGCAUUCAGCAGUUCUAGAAUAUUUUUGGAGGUAACGGGUCAGCUUGGUGUGCCAGGGUUGUAAUUGGGGGGCACAUGCUGCAUUUAAUUAAAGGAAGUGCCAUAAUGUCGAGUUGCAGAGUUAGGGCAAGUUAGAUUUGAGAUGGGUAAAAGGAGAGUUUGGUGGAGAAAUGCUGGAGAUCAAGGCAGUUGAGGUUACUGCAAGAUUGGAGAGUUGAGGGUGGUGAAAUUUGGGUACAGGGUAUGCUGAUGUCAAAUGUUGGCAGAUGGUGGUCAGACAAAGGAAAUGGAACAGUGGAGAGAUUAGAGGUGGUACAGAGAUUGGUGAAGAUGAGGUCAAGAGCGUUUCCUGCUGUAUGAGUUGCUGAAGUAGACAACUGCGUGAGGCCAAAGGAGGCAGUUACAGAGAGCAGACGGGAGGCAUCAGGGCAGUUGAAGUUGUUGAUUGGGAUGUUAAAGUUCCCGAGUAUGAGGGAGGGAGUGCUAGAGGAGAGAAAGUGGGGUUCUCAUAAUUUAUUUAUAAUGCAUAGUGACAUGAUUUAAUAUCACAUCUAGUAUGUUAUAUGGAAUAGUGUAUAUAUUGUUUAAUAAUGUCACUUAGAUAAGAGUGUCACUUAGAUAAUAUCACACAUUGUAAUAUAGCAUGGUGUAGUUAUGCUGUGUAUUUUUCUUAAUUAUAUCUAAACUCUGUGUCAUGCAGGGUGCCUCCUCCAGCUUGGUGGUGAAAUUUGCAGACACUGAGAAGGAGCGGGGCUUGCGUAGGAUGCAGCAGGUGGCCAACCAGCUGGGCAUGUUCAGUCCGAUCGCUUUGCAGUUUGGGGCGUACAGCGCGUACACACAGGCAGUAAGUGACCAGGUGAAUUACACUCCUUUAUUCAAGUUCAACUCAUGUUUGUGUAUUGUCUCUGUAAGUAUCUGUUUAUAAACUUUGCACGCGAGACUUCCUCACACCUGGCACCAGACAGUAUGGCCUCUUAGAACCUAGUGGCAAAUAUUGCAAACUUAAAACCACCAUGUCUGACCUCACCAGCAUAACAUGUUCAGCAGUGUAAUCUCAUUAACCUAAUGUCAGGCAAUGACCUCCAAAGUACUAUGUCAGGCAGUGCAACCGCCACAACACCACAGACAAUGUAGGCUCAAAAACACAACAUGUAUGGCAGUGCAACCUCCACAACACACCAGCGAGUGCAGUGUAACCUAGAAAAUACAACCUAUUAGCCAGUGUAACCUAGAAAACACAACCUGUCAGUUAGUAAAACCUCUAAACAUCACCCAUCAGGCAUUGCAACCUCUAAAACAUUGCCUGUCAUGCAGUAAGACCUCCAAAACACCCACCAGGCAGUGUGAAUCCACUAUCCCCAUAUCAGGCAGCAUUAUCUCCUUGACACCCGAUUAGGUAAUGUGACUUAAAGUAUGUCUGUCACUCUUUAAUAUGCCUCCCCCUAGCCUUGCUAAUCCACCCAGCUCUUGGUGAUGACUCGUUGAUCUACUGCUACUUACCAUUUUUGCGUACUGUCACCUACCAGGGGGAAAUAGAGGUGAACUUCUAAAUAAAGAAAAAGUGUCAAAGCAAAAUUUAAUGGCAAAAUACAAGGCAGCAUUACCUUAGUAAUAGCUGAUCAGGCAGUGUGCACAACCGCUGGCUGUAUUAGCUGAAUUACACACAGAGUAAGCAAUGUCAGGCUGUGUGACCUCACUAACACCAUAUCAGACAGUGAUACUAACACUAAAACUUCAUCAAAUGGCUAUGUUAAAGAGGAACAGUCACUUUGCAGGAUUUAAUAUGAUGUUAACAUAUCCUCCACAUUUAACAAAUAUGUAUUUGUGAGGUCUGAAAAUAUUAAAAUGUAGACAUCCACAAUGCUACCUUUACCACUAUCAUGGAACUCAGCACUUCCAUCUUGGCUCAACAUUUGUUUUUCUACUCCUUUAAUACACUGUAUGCCUGGCUAUGUCAGGAUAGAGCUAGUCUUUGAUAGCAAUUGAAAAAUCUUUCAUAAGCAUUAAGAAAUGGAGUAUCAAUUGGGAAAAAAUAAAUGUUAUAUAGAUCACUUGUAAUGUUUUAUUCAAUGGUGUAACUUUCUGAGACGUGACAAUUCCCCUUUAAAUAUCUGGGGGUCAUGCAUCCAAUUAAUUUGUGAUUGUUGUGUCAUGCUGUUUCCGUGAUUCUGUCCCCCACAGCUCAUGCAGCAGCAGGCUGCCCUGGUGGCCGCCCACAGCGCUUACCUCAAUCCCAUGGCAACAAUGGCUGCUGUGCAGAUGCAGCAGAUGGCGACAAUCAAUCCCAACGGGAUCAUAGCCACUCCUAUUACACCUAUUACCCCCAUCACCUCUUCUUCAGGUGAGUGUGACCCGCAGAAUGGGUGUCCUGGGAUGGGUGAGUAUUUGAGUUAUCAAAAACAGCAGUACCAGGUUACAGACAAGAGUAUGUAUUAUCAGAAAACAAAAUGUACACACAAUCAGAUGAGAAAGUAUCACCAGGACAAAAUAUGUCCAGAUAUUACAGGAGAUAUCACCAAGUUACCGAACAAGAGCAUUGAUCAGGGCAAAAUUAUCAGAAGAGUUUAAUUUAACAUAUGACAUUUGCAAAAGGUUCUAAGAAAACACUGAGUUCUUGGAUGAGAUCGCUGAGUUAUCUGAGCGGACAGCGUCCAGACUUAUCAAAACAUUGAAAGAUUUCAAUUAUUUGAUGAAAAAGACAGUAUGAACUGUUGGAUAAUUUCAAAUUUAACCACAAAAUAAAUUAACUGGAAACAUUUUUCAUGUCAGUUAUGCUUCCAGUUUGUCUAGUUUGGCCUUAAAUUUGAAAUUCAAUUUGAAUUCCAGACAUUUCUUACUUUAGUGAAUGCCAUGUAGAGAAUUAUCGGGAGUUAAAGGGUAAUUAGGGAAUAGAUAAAAAUUAGAUAUCAGAAGAGGCAUUAACACAUUAUCAUAACAGGGUAGUUGAAAAUCACCUGUUUAUUGGUGAGGAGGGAGACUUUUGUAUUAUGGGGCAAAAGAGGCAGCAGAAAACAUGUCUAAUUAGCACAAUAUUGGUAUCAAAGGUUGGUUAGUUAAAACAUCAACCUGAGAGCAUUUUGAAACCUCAGACUUGCAAGUUUAAUUCCAGCAGUAGCCCCUCAGCACAUUAUCAUUGCAAUACCAAUGUUAAUCUAACAAUCCCAUUAGGAAAAAAAACAUAUUGUAAGACAUAUAGAUGAAUUAGUAGUUGUAUUUUUAUAUCAGAUUGAUAUCAUAAAUAUAAAAUAGCUCUAGAUUAUAUCACCCAUACCGGUUUGGCUUCAUCCCAAGAGGAAAGACAGAAAAUAGACAGAAACAAACGCAUUAUAUAGACUAUUUACUCGGACACUAAGCGAUACAUAACCAAUACUCGCAAAUGUUAUGUUCAGCUACUAAGUACUGUCGACCACUGUUUGGCAAAUUUGUAUCGCUCACUUUUACUCCCCGUCUUCUCUUCUGUUACCCCACCCCAAAUGCAAAUACUUUUAAAAAUAAAGAAUUAUAAAAAAUAAAAAAAAACACUGCUUCAUUUCUGUGCUUUUAAGAGUGACUCUCUCGUUUUCAUUUAGGUACAAGUACCCCCCCAACACUUGCUGCCACACCAGUAUCUGCCAUUCCUGCCACACUGGGGGUCAACGGGUACAGUGCUGUGCCCACUCAAAGCAGUGUACAGCCUAGUUCGGAGGCAAUCUACACCAAUGGCCUGCACCCUUACCCAGGUAACACUGCGUACCUCUGUGUCUAUACAUCUAAUGUUCAAUAAUUUGUUUCUGUUCCCAUUCCAUGUAUAUGUAUCUGCGUCAAAACACGUUCUGUUCCAUGUGUAUAACUUACUGAAAUUGUGUGUAUAUGUCUUAUUGGCCUCUUAUGUAUACAAAGCUGUUAUUUUGUUAUUUUGCAUAUCAGCUCAGAGUCCCGUUACCCAGCUGGACCCCCUUCAACAAGCCUAUGCUGGAAUGCAGCAUUACACAGGUAAGGAGGCAGUUCGUGGGACACGACUUCAAUUUCAAUACAGCAGUCUUAAUAAUAACAGGCCUGAAGGGGGUAUUAAAAGUGCAUGGAUAUUAAUAUAGUAGAAUAGAGACAUAUAGUCAUGGGAAAAGGAAAGUACACCCUCUUUGAAUUCUAUGGUUUUAUAUAUCAGGACAUAAUAAUCAGCUGUUCCUUAGCAGGUCUUAAAAUUAGGUAAAUACCAACCUCAGAUAAACAACAACACAUGACGUAUUACACUGUGUCAUGAUUUAUUUAACAAACGUAAAGCCAGAAUGGAGAAGCCAUGUGGGAAACACUAAGUGCACCUAAUAAUUCAAUAGCAGCAAUAAGUUAAAGUAAUUGUGUUCUGUCUGACUUUAUCAGUCUCUCACAUCAUUGUGGGGGAAUUGUGUUGCUUCAGUUCAUUGAGGUUUGCUGGCAUUUGUUUAUGCACAGCUUACCUAAGGACCUGCCACAGCAUUUCAGUUAGUUUGAGCUCUGGACUUUUACUAGGUUAUUGCAACACCUUAAUUAUUUUCAUUCAGUCAUUCUUUUGUAGAUUUGCUGGUGUGUUUGGGAUCAUUGUCCUGUUUCAUGACCCAAUUUCAGCCAAGCUUUAGCUUGGCUGAAAUUGCACAUGGCCUCACACUUGACUCUAGGAUACUUUGGUAUACAGAGGAGUUCAUGGUUGAGUCAAUGACUGCAAGAUUCCCUGGUCCUGUGGCUCCAAAUCCCUUCCACCACAGUGCUUGACAGUUAGUAUGAGGUGUUUGUGCUGAUAUACUGGGUUUGGUUUUUGCCAAAUGGCGCUGUGCAUUACGGCCAAACAUCUCCACUUUGGUCUUGUCUGUCCAAUGGACAUUGUCCCUGCAGUCGUGUGGUUUGUUCAGAUGCAACUUUGCAAACCUAAGCUGUGCUGGCAGAUUCUUUUUAGAGAGAAACGGCUUUCUCCUGGCGACCCUUCUAAAAAAAAAAAAAAAAAAAUUCAGUCUUUUUCUAAUUGUACUGUCAUGAAAGUUAACAUUUAACAUGCUAACUGAGGCCUCUAGAGUCUGCGAUAUAACUUUUGUAGUUUUUCUGAACAUUGCACGGUCUGACCUUGGGGUGAAUUUGCUGACACGUCUACUUCUGGGAAGAUUUGCAACUGUCUUGAAUGUUUUCCACUUUUUAAUAAUCUUUCUCACUGUAGAAUGACAGACUUUAAAUUGUUUGGAAAUAACCUUUUAACCCUUCCCAGAUCGAUGGGCAGCAACAAUUUGUAUUCAAAGAUCAUUGCCAAUGUCUUUUCUACUUGGCAUUGUGUUAACACACAUCUGAAUGCUUCAGACCAGUAAACUGCUAAAACUUUGGCUUUUAUGGAGAUGGUCACACUUGCUGAUGAUUAAUUAAUCAAGAGCAUUUGAUUAGCAGCACCCUCUUAAUUCUUAUGGAAGUAGUAUGUGGGGAUAUUUAUGGGAUGAUAAUAUUAUACAGUUGAGAAUUGCCCACUAUUUCAAUUCUCUUAGAUCUUAGAGAUCGUUAUCAUGUAAGUGAAAUGUAUUCCAUACAAAUAAAAUCACAAUUUGUUAUAAAAAUAGAUAUAAUUUAUUGUGACAAAUACAAUAAUAAUAAUAUUAGGCAGCAUGCAUGAUAAUAAUCAGUGAAUAUUUAGUAAAACAUAAGUAUGCAAUGGCAAUGUUUAAACACAGUACAAAGCUACAGCGUCAACUGUCAAGACUUACACGAUUUAUGAGGGUACAUCACAGACACAGAAAGCUAAACUUCCAGCGAAAAGCCAUAAAACCUUGGCUAACAGUUAGAUCAACUGAGUAACCCUUUCAAUUUUGGCUAGAUCCUCCUAGGCAUAUAAUAUCCUAUUCUUAUGUAAUUUUCAAUUAAAAUAACAUUUGAACCAGCUCAUUAAUCAUUUCCUGGAACCAUCCAAUAAGAAUAAUCUACCAGAUUUUUACAAAAGCCAAAUUUUAAUUUGCCUAAAAAUAUAUCUUAUCUUAUUUUAGAGCAAAUCAAUACACCUGGAUAAAAACAGUGGUAUGCUAACACGUGAUAAUAUCACAUUAAUAUAUAAUUAUUCUUAAUGCCACCUGCAGAAUGGAAUGUUUAUAACUAUAUAUUCUUUAGUUAACUAAGAUUUCUAAAUAUUGAAAUCUGACCGUGAUUUAUCCAGUCAUAUAUCAUGCUAUUAGAUUUUAAUUAAUUUAGAUUAAUUAAACAAAACCAGCAUAAUUACCAGUUAUGUAGAUAUUCUCAUCAGAUGAGUAGGUAGUCCCAGGAACUUGGAUGCGAGUAUGAUUGGUUGUAUGGAGGUGUGCAAGUGAUAGAGAAAAGUGAUGUUGGUUAGAAAGUAAGAGUAAAAUUCUAAGUGUCAAGGAGUGUUUCUUGAGUUGUGUCCAAGAGAGUUUGAGGGUUAGUGCCAGGAACUUGAAUAUCUGUCCUGGAUCUCUCUGAAUGUCCAAAUCUGAAUGCCCAAAUUAACCUUCUCUCUUCCCUUUGUCCUAACUUUUAAAGGGCCAGACUCUCUGUACGUCAUUAGUUGAUAAGGCCAAUAGGAAACUGUAGGUGUGUCUACGUUACCUAGUAUUAUAUAGUUUUUGGUCAAUAGAGGGCGUAAUUGCCUAAUUAAACUUUCCUAUCCAGGAAAGAGUUAACUUUUCCUGAUGACGAUUUUGACGUCAUUUGGCUUAUCUAAAAUGACUACCAUAACUUAAAUUUGCUGUCAGUUCCAAGCGUUUGCCUCAGUCUUUGUGGCAACGACUUUGAUCGUAAUUUCUAAAAUUGACAGUUCUAAACUCAAUUUCAUCCCUUACUUACAAUGGGACCUUGUAAAAUUUAGAGAGUAAAAUUAAUUACUUAGUCUUCUCUGUCACUAGUGUCUGUGUUUAAAAUGUAUUUCUAUUCCAUUAACAUUUAAACAGAGCAUUCCAUCCCCCUGUUUCAUUGCUUAUCACUUGGCUUGUUUAUAUAAUGCAUUCCUUAGCUCAGGCUAGUGGCUAGUUACAGAAAGGAAAGAAAUUUUGCGUCUGUCUUGCCUGAAAUUCAAAAUGGAGUCCGCUCUGUUCUGAGUGACUCUGGCAAUAUAGACUUUUAAUUUCUAUCUUAGCACAAAAUGUCUGCCGACUUAAAUAUCCUGACAAGUAAGGAUGUAGUUAGUGUUUUUACACAUGGCUUCUCCAUUUUGGCUUUAUUUUUGUUAAAUAAAUCAUGACAUGUUAUUGUUCAUAUGAGGUUAUAUUUACCCAAUUUUAAGACCUGCUAAGGAUCAGAUGAUUGUUAUUAUGUAAAACCAUAAAAUCAAAGAGGGUGUACUUUCUUUAACCCAUGACUGUAAUUAUAGGUAGUGUACUCAGAGGUAUUAUUUGAUUUAACUUGGGGAAUUGAUAAUGUAGAUGAAGAGAACAAAAAAAAGGAACAAGAUGAGCAUCCUGAGUAACAAGGAUGGAGCAUAGAAGUCAAAGUAAAGAGAUGAACUGUGUAUGACGCGUCUGUUUAAAUCAGUAGAGGUAGGCAGACAAUGUAAUACUCAAAGGUAGGCAGACAAUGUAAUAGAGCAGCAGGAAAUGCUAGCAGAAUGCUUGGUUGUAAAGGGAGAGGUAUUAGCAGUAGAAAGAGGGAAGUGCUCAUGCCAUUGUACAGAACACUGGUGAGACCUCACUUGGAGUAUUGUACACAGUACUGGAGACCGUAUCUUCAGAAGGAUAUUGAUACUUUAGAGAGAGUUCAGAGAAUGGCUACUAAACUGGUUCAUGGAUUGCAGGAUAAAACUUACAAGGAAAGGUUAAAGGAUCUUAAUAUGUAUAGCUUGGAGAAAAGAAGAGACGGGGGAUAUGAUAGAAACAAUACAUAAAGGGAAUCAACACAGUAAAGGAGGAGACUAUAUUUAAAAGAAGAAACACCACAACAAGAGGACAGUCUUAAAUUAGAGGGGCAAAGGUUUAAAAAUAACACCAGGAAGUAUUACUUUACUGAGAGGGUAGUGGAUGCAUGGAAUAGCCUUCCUGCUGAAGUGGUAGAGGUUAGCACGGUGAAGGAGUUUAAGCAUGCGUUGGAUAUGCAUAAGGCUAUCCUAACUAUAAGAUAAGGCCAGGGUAUAAUGAAAGUAUUUUAAAAAAUUGGGCAGACUAGAUGGGCCGAAUGGUUCUUAUCUGCCGUCACAUUCUAUGUUUCUAUGUUUCUAGAGGAGUUGGAUAAAUGGGUGGUUUGGAAUAAGCUGUUGCAUUAGGCGUAAUUUGCCACAUUUUCUUCAUUUCACAGCUGCCUAUCCUGCAGCGUAUGGUUUGGUGAGCCCGGCGUUCACACAGCCUCAACCUCUGCUCCAACAGCAGCCUCCACAACAACAGCAACAGAGAGAGGGUAAGUGGGUAAUUCAAUAAAAAAAAUUCAGCCCAAACACCAUAACGCUGGUCUAGCCUAAUAUGUCUGCCUCUAAUUUUGACAGGUCCAGAAGGAUGCAACAUCUUCAUUUAUCACCUGCCACAGGAAUUCACUGACUCAGAAAUCCUGCAGAUGUUCCUCCCAUUUGGAAAUGUUAUCUCCGCCAAAGUUUUUGUUGACCGAGCUACCAAUCAGAGCAAGUGUUUUGGUGAGUGACCUGCUCGCUCAUGCGAUUUAUGGAAAUAUAUCACCCUUUAAAUUGCCACAUAGCCUUGAAAAGUAACUCCCACUGUUCUCUUUGUUAUAGUGAGAAAAUGCAUAAACAGUGCUGUUAAAAAGUAUUUACCCUCUUCAGAAUUUCCUCUAUUUUUGCAUAUUUGUUGCGUUAAAUGGUUUCAGUUCCUCGUCCAAAAUGAAACAGGGAAAGAAAUCCAAGUAAACACAAACUUCAUGUUUGAAUCAUAAUUUAAUAUAUUUAACGUAGCACUGUCACCUCCCCCUGAAAAAUUACCUGAUACGUCCGUGAGGAAUUAGAGCUCUAAUGGAAUUGCAGCGAUGCCUUGAUGUUGAGGCAUUGCGCAAUACCAGCUCCUCACUGCAGGGACCCACAGUGAUCGCUCCCCUGGAGCGAUUACUUCCGGGUUGCCCCACAUGGCUCCGGGCAGUGAGGCAGAGCAUCGGAAGCCAUCAGGCAGGCUUCCGAUGCUCUGCCUGUAGUGAGUGCCUUGAGGGGUUGAGGCACUCAGUGAGAUAAAUAAUUAAAUAAAAUUAGAAAAAUAAGAAUUUUUUAUUAAAAAACAAAACAAGGGGGCGGAGCCUGCACCUGAACCAAAACGGAUGCAACCCACAUCAGCUCUGCUGAAAUCCAUCGAAAAAAACCUAAAAAUCACACUUAAAAUAAUUGUACGGGUAACUCACCCACAUGGUCCUGUGGCUCCAAAUCCCUUCCACCAAAACGGAUGCAACCCACAUCAGCUCCGCUGAAAUCCAUCGAAAAAACCCUAAAAAUCACACUUAACAAAAUAAUUGUACGGGUAACUCACCCACAUACACCCCGAACACCCCUCCGGCACAACAUAUGCCGUUUUUCCAGGCUGCCAAGGCGCCGAGGAAGAAGCGGAAAACCGGGGCCUACCACGCCACCCAAAGCCUGGAUCUGGCGGCACUGUUUGGUGCCUUCGCACCAACGAGAAUACCCAGAGGGAGACCCGCAACUCGGGCUGAGCCAGCCGCUGAGAUGGGACACCGGUCCCAAAAAUCACCACCCCACGCAACAUCAGGGUCAAAGGACAUUGGGACCCUGCUCCAACGACAGCUGCAAACUACAAUGGCGCCGGCCGGGACCAGCAUGGCCGCGGGCACAUCUGAAAGCCCCCCGCAGGCUGAAACUCACACACUGAACAGCCGAGCACAAGACAAAUCAUCCCGGCUGCACAGGACGGAUCAGCCCUGGUCACCCAAAGAGACUUUCAGAACCUAGUGGGGGAGAUUAAAAACCUACUAACAGCCAAUGCAGCAGCCAUAAAAGCAGACAUGCAGAAGGUCACUGACCGAGUAAAAGUGGUAGAAGGCGACAUCGCAGACCUUAACCCCUUAAGGACACAUGACAUGUGUGACAUGUCAUGAUUCCCUUUUAUUCCAGAAGUUUGGUCCUUAAGGGUUUAAACAAGGUAUGAUCACCGUACAGGAAGCUAUCCAACACAUAAAUGCUAUGCAGCAAACACUCUCACUACACCAAGCCACACUGGAUGACAGGUCCAGACGCAACCACCUUAAGAUACGGGACAUACCGGACAUCGUAACUUCAGAAGAACUCCCCCACUACAUAAGACGACUGGUUGCCACCAUCCUACCAACUGCCCAAGCCAGAAAAAUUGCCCUAGAUUUAAUUUAUCGCCUGCCAAAGCCCAACAGGGCCCCAGCGGCCACCGUACAGGACACCAUAGUACACUGCACACAUUUCCACGACAAAAUUGCUAUCUCGUCAGCACUACGGGGCAAGACGCCACUCCUCUUCGAAGGCGCAAGCAUAACGAUCUAUCAAGACCUCACGAGGUCCACCAUGCAGUGGCGAAAAUCUCUUCAAACCCUCACAAACCAACUGAGGACAGCCGGCAUCAAAUACCAAAGGAGGCCCCCAGGCUCCUGGUGGUAAACCACAACGGGACAGUUUACAAAAUAGCAUCGCUUGCAGACACCCCAACACUCCUUGAGGCACUGGGCUCAUUGUCCCGUAUGACAGCCAAUGACAGGCGAACGAACACCCACGACUGGAACCCAGCACAAACUGUACCGUUCAAACCUGCCACCAACGCAACCAUACAGCAAGGGACUUGAUCACCCUCGGGACUAUACAUCUGCCUUCAGACCGUUAUACUUUAGUUUAUUAGUAAUAUUUACAGUUGCUAACUACCUGUUCAACAUAACACACACAAGAGAAUCCCCUAAAGAGGACGUAACAUUCCUCGAUUUCCAGCCCCUGGAAUCAGGGCACUACCUGGUGGGUGCCUAGCUUCACAACUGCCGCCCCCCUCCCGGUCAGGGGUUCCAUCACUAGAGGGCCCGUUCGCUUAAUCCCAGCAAACACACCACACGUUACAACGUGACAACUCCACAUCGGAUGGCCCGCACCUACUCACCCCUAGCACUACUCCUGUUUACUUACCACAUCACUAACUAUCUCUAAUACCAUGAACACAUUCAUCCAUACCAGCUCUCCCAUACACACUUUAACACAGAAGUUCACACAAUUAAAAAUGUACAGAAUACCUACCGUACUAUGUUUUAACCACACAAAAUGUUUGAUAUUUGACAAAUUCACGCUGUAGCUGUUGUGGCACAGCGGAUUACUCUGUUAAAUGAUACUCGUGAUAUGCACUGCAAAAAUAAAGAAUUAUUUUAAAAAACCUUCCCUCCCUCUCCCUCGUAUUUACAGAUCGCCGCCGUUCGCCGUUCCCCCGCCGGCAAUCGGCCUUCUUCCUAUGGGUAGCCUGUCUGACAGCCCAAACAAUACCCCCUCUCCAAAAAUGUAAAUGACAAAAUAAAAUAUAUAUAUAUAUAUGUAUAUGUAACUUUAUUCUAACUGUAUUUUUAUAUUAAUAUAUAUAUAUAUUUAUAUCAAAAUACACUUAGAAUAAAAUUAUAUAUAUAUAUUCAUGUAUAUAUAAAUAAAAAUAAUCCGAAAUGUUCAUAUGUCUAUAUACAUAAUUACAUAAAUAAUUUCCUAAAUAUACACGUAGAUUUCAAAUAUAUAAAUAUGUAUAUAUAUUUCAAUUCUACGUGCAUAUUUAUGUGAUAUUUUUACAUAAUUUAGUAAUUUUAUUGAUUGCAAUUUGAGGGACCGGCCUGACAACCCAGGCCGAAAGUCCAGAGAAUUUAAUUUGCUAGCACUGUGUUUAACCCUGUAACUUUCUAUGACACCCUAAAACCUGUACAUGGGGGGUACUGUUUUACUCGGUAGAUUUCGCUGAACACAAAUAUUAGUGUUUCAAAACAGUAAAACAUAUCACAUCGAUGAUAUUGUCAGUGAAAGUGAUGUUUUUUGCAUUUUUCACACACAAAUGGCCCUUUCACUGAUGAUAUCAUUGUUGUAAUACAUUUUACUGUUUUGAAACACUGAUAUUUGUGUUCAGCAAAGUCUCCUGAAUAUAACAGUACCCCCCAUGUACAGGUUUUAUAGUGCUUUUGAAAGUUACAGAGUCAAAUCUAAGGCCAUUUUUUCACAUAGAAAUUUGCCAGCUUGGUUAUGUUGCCUUUGAGAGCGUAUGGUAGCCCAGGAAUGAGAAUUACCUCCGUGAUGGCAUACCAUUUGCAAAAGAAGACAACCCAAGGUAUUGCAAAUGAGGUAUAGUCAGUCUUUUUUAGUAGCCACUUAGUCACAAACACUGGCCAUAGUUAGAGUUUAUAAUUGUUUUUUGCAUUAUUAACACACAAACAAAUAUAAAUAUAAAUGCUUACUUUGGCCAGUGUUUGUGAAAGAUUUAAGAUUUAAAAUAACCCAAGUUUAUUACCUUAGGUUGUCUUCGUUUAAAAAAAAAUAUACAUGUGAAGGGUUGUGACAGUACCAAUCCCGCCACUGGGCAUUGGAGAAGCCUGGUUGCUCGCCUGCUCCCUCUGGACUAUGGCCCCAUGUUGAAACGCUUGAUUUUCCCCUGCAAAGACACGAAAGCCGGGUCAUUCGGUACUUUCCCUAUUUAAACAGUGAUACCCCAGAUAACUAUGCUAUGGAGCCCAUUCGUAUAACGAAAGACUAUGUGAAAGACUUUGACUCCAUGGCAAUUGAACUGUAUGUAUGUGAUAGGAGCGCCAUUCAGUAAUAUGUGCGCUCAGAUCUAAGCUAUCUGGGGAUAUGUUGAAUGUACCUGUUUUAUGCAGUAGCUGCACAGUUAUAGUUAUAUUUGUAUUUUAUUGUCUUUUGCUACCAAAAGACAAAAAAGACAAUAAAGGCUAAUGGAGUUUUGCCUCUGUCCUUGGAGAUAAUUGGAUUACUUCCCAAUUGUCUCCAGGAUAGAAGACUAUGUGGAACAGGUUUUGGGCAGAAAAGCCAUGCUUCAUUUGGUCACAAAGGACUUUGAUCUAACUUUUGACCCACUGGACCAAUUUGUAUGAUUUUGACGUAUGUUUGUAUUUGGAGUAUGCUGAUUCUGAAAAUGUAAGUUUAUGUGAAUGUGAUGCAUACUUUUAAACUUAUGAAUAUUGUGUAAAACUGUGUAUUUUCCUGCCUGUGAUAAUUACAUUAACCCAUUGUGUAAGGUAAUUGUAUCACAGGCAGAGGGGAGAAUUUUGUGUGGGAGUGUCUGAGUGUAUUGUACGUGUUUAUUGGUUGUUUUACAAAACCCUGUGGGUGGUACUAAUGUGUAAGAAUGUGUAUAUAAGAACAAUAAAUCCACAGCUCUGGCUGAUUCUGCUUGAACCUCAAAACAAAGUAUCGUCUCGUUAUUGGGGGAAUUGGAUCAUAUGCUGUUUCAGACCGAUUGCCAGGAGUGUAAACUGUUCGUAUGGUUUUUCCUAUUCGGCUGUUUACAGCAUUCAUAUGUUUGAGAGCAUUCGUAUGCUUCUCCGGUUCAGUGGAUUGGUGUCUACAGUAGCUGCCUGUAUAUCUGGAAGGGCAAUAUCUCCUAAACCGCUGUUAACCCCUUUUAUGCCUGGGGGUGCCAUUACAAGGGUUAUUAAGGGAUUCCUGAUAGAUAUCAGUGUUACAAUGUAACUUGCAUUAAUUUUGAAAAAAAAAUGGUUUGGAAAUAGCAAAGUGCUACUUGUACUCAUGGCCCUAUAACUUGCAAACGAAAGCUAAGUACAUGUUAACAUUGGGUAUUUAUAAACUCAGGAAAAAAAUUUGAAACUAUUUAGCAUGUGUGUUUUUUGGCGGUUGUAAAUGAGUAACAGAUUUUGGGGGUCAAAGUUCGAAAAGGUGUGUUUUUUUCUAUUUUUUCAUCAUAUUGUAUAAUUUUUUUUUAGAGUAAAUUAUAUGAUAUGAUGAAAAUAAUGGCGAGAAAAAACGUAUAUACUAUGUGUGGGUACUGUAAAUGAGUAAGAGGAAAAUUACAGCUAAACACAAACACCGCAUAUAUGUAAAAAGAGCCCUGGUCCUUAACGGUAUUGAAAAAUUGAAAAACGGUCUGGUCACUAACGGGUAAAGGAAACAAGUUGGAAUCCAACAUUAGCUGGGCCUGUAUGAAAAGUGAAUGCCCCUCUUAAUGUAAUAAAUGCUUACAUCACCUAUGGCAGCAACAACUGUAGCUGAACUGUAGUAGAACUUCCUAUAAUUGGAGUUUAACCUGUCACAAAGCUGUGGAUGUAUUUUGAACGACUUUUCUUUGCUGAAUUUCUGUAAUUGAGCAAUCUUGGAGGGUUUUCCAGCAUGAACCGCUCUUUCAUGCCCUCUUUCGUAUGAGAUUCAAAUCAAGACUUUGAGAAGGCCACCCAGAAACAUUAAUAAACCGGACUUGCUCUUUUGUCUUGAAUAAUUGACUUCCUGCAUAACCCAAUUACUAUUUAGCUACAGAUCACAAACUGAUGACCAGAAAUUCUCCUUCAGAAUGUUCUGGUAAAGAAAAUAAUUCAUAAUUUCUUCAAGGACAGCAUGUCUUCCAGCUGUCCCUGAGACAGCAAAGCAAGCCCAUGCCAUCACACAUUCACAACCAUACAUGACAGUUGGUACAUUGUUGUUAUUAUUAUUGUUUCCUUAAAGUAAUAAAAUAACAUUUAAAAUCUUGCUUGUCUGAAACCACGCAGCAUAACAAAUAUGCAAAAAUUGAAGGAAUCAGGAAGUGGGCUAAUACUUUUUUUCACAGCACUGUGGAACUCUAGUCCAAUUUCUUCAAUAUUAUGGUUGGAGUGUUUUUUUAGUAAACAGCAAAAUACCAGGGAAAGUGUUCAGUUUUGUUUACUAAACAUUUAUCUGAAGAAGUAGAAAACCAAACAUCACUAAUUUGAAAUAAAGACAUGUAUUUUCCCACAUCAUCCUAAUUUUGAAAUGUAUAGUUUAGGAAUUCAUUUCUUUUAAAAAUAUGAAAGGGGGCUCCAUGUUAACCAAGGGUACUUGGAACGUUGAUUAAUAUUACCUAACAGGACUGUUCUCAUAAGUACCCAGGUUCCUAUGUGAUGAAGCUGAUUUUAGUAAUGCAAGUCUUCUCUAAUUCUCUUAAUAAAGUGUAACAUUCAGACUUCCUUUUAGUCCCUCAGCUCUUAUAUUCAUUCCCUCAUGAGGCAGUUGUAUUUUUUGCAUUUGUUAUCAAUUCGGCUGUUGAUAAAUAACCUAUUUCAUCACCUUAAAGGGACACUAUAGGCACCCAGACCACUUCAUCUUAUUGAAUUGGUCUGAGUGCAGUCUCUCUGUCCCCUUAAUCCUGUAAUUGCAACUAUUACAGUUAUUGAGAAACUGCAAUAAUUACUAGGCAUGUCCAUGGGGAAAAUUUUCGGUUCGGCAUUCCGAAAUUCGUGACUUUCGCAAUUCGGGACUUUCGCAAUUUGGGACUUUCGCAAUUCGGCACUUCAACACUUCGGCACUUCUCUUGCAGCCACUUAGUAGAUAACUCCCUAAUUCCCACGGUAUUAGGGAGUUAUCUACCAAAAGGCUGAAAGACCCAAAUUGGUCUUUCAGACAAAUUUACUAACACUAUGUAAAAAUUACUUAGUAUUAGUAAAUUUUGCCCCUACUCGCUAUAACGCGAGUAGGGGCAUGUCUAGUAAACAGUGAGCAGCCUGUGGCUGCUCACUGUUAAAAAAAAAAUAGGGUCCCCCCUCCCGAGCCUGAAUUUUAAACUAAAGGGCCUAUUGCCCCCCUGGAGCGGCGGGUGGGGGCCCUAAAGUAAACUGAUGGGGGGGGACCUAUUGUCCUCGCCCCCGGCCCCCACCCCUGAGCGGUGGGUAGGGGCCCUAAAUACUAAUAGGGGGGGAGACCUAUUGUCCUCCCUCCUGGCCCCAACCACUGAGCGGUGGGUGGGGGCCCUAAAUACUAAUAAGGGGGGGACUUAAUGUCCUCCCCCUGGCCCCCACCCCUGAGCAGCGGGGGAGGAACCAAUAGGGGGGGAACUAUUGUCCCCCCUCCCGGCCCCCACCCCUGAGCGGCAGGUGGGGGCCCUAAAAAAAAAAUGCUACCCCCCAGGUGACUAGGGGUCUCCAAACCUAGUCACCCCCCACCCCCCAAAAAAAUUAACACCUACCCCCCUCACCCUAAAAAUAAUGAGGGGGGACCUUUAACUAAGUACCUGUAAAAAAAUAAAACUUACCACAGGCUGCUCACUGUUUAAUAGACAUGCCCCUACUCGCGGUAUAGCGAGUAGGGGCAUAAUUUACUAAUACUAAGUAAUCUUUACUUAGUAUUAGUAAAUUUGUCUGAAAGACCGAUUUAGGUCUUUCAGCCUUUUAGUAGAUAGCUCCCUAAUAUCGUGGGAAUUAGGGAGUUAUCUACUUAUUCAUUCCUGUCAUUACAUUGACUGGCUAAGUAACUUACAUUUUAUAUGUAUUGUAUUGUAAGUAUUGCAAAUGCUUACAGCUGAAUCCUGGCUAUGUUUGUAUACUUUUUAUUUAAAAUUGUAUACAAUGUAACAUUCUUCUUAUUUCACUGGGUAAGUAUAUUAGUACUUAGGCAAUACUGUGCUUUGGAACUUUGGCACUUUGACACUUCGGAAACUAGGCACUUCAGCACUUUGGAAAUUUGGUAAUUUCGGAACUUCAGGACCUCGGGAAUUCGGACAUUCGGAAGUACCCGAAUGUCCGAAUUGCCCGAAAUUCGUCCAAAUUCAUAUUCAGAACGAAACGAAUUGCACAUGUCUAAUAAUUACCUUGCAGGGUUAACUCCACCUCUAGUGGCUGUCUACCAGAUAAUUAAGAUCAUGCAUGUGCCUUGUCUGUCAUCUUACAUUGUGUAUCUCACUGUAAACUUCGGGCUCCGUCUGUGUUAUCUAUAUUUUUAGUGUCCAUUUUAUUAGUUAUUAGCUAUGCCUGCUCAUUUACACUUAAACAACAUUAGGACGUGUCAGUAUGUGAGCAGGAUUUAAUCCCUGCUGACGCAAGGGAUUCCUUGGAAUCAAUAGAUGCCUGGUGCUCUUUUCUGUCAGCUGGAGCCAUUUUAGUGGCCCCAGACUGACCGAUGAGCUGCAUGCAGCUUUUAAAAUAGGCAUUUAACGCCUAAAAAAAUAGAUUGCAGUGUGAGCAGGGUUAAAUCCCUGCUCACUCCAGGAAACCCCUCUAUCAGCUGGGUCAAUUUUUAUUGGUCCCAGAUUGACCAAUGAGCUGUAAGUAGUGCUGUAAGUCAGCAUAGAGCCCUUUAACUCCAUUCCUAACAAUGCAGCUGAGUUAUCAGAUGCAGUGUUUCUUAGUUACAGGCUUAUGAGGUGAGACCCCCAGGCUCUGAAUAGUCCAGAACGGUUUCCCUGCCUAUGCCCAUGCCAAUUGUGAUCAGUGUUGGGCUUUGCCAGUUGCUGGGAAGUAUGCUGGUUUCAUUAUCACAUAGAAUGCAAUUAUGAAAACAGCCAGUAGAUGGUAGUCAAAGACUACUCUGUUUAAACUAGGCUACCCAUCUUCCCAAUAGGGGUAAGGGUAGAGUUAGUGUUAGCUGUAGGGCAGGGAUAGGCAGCCUUUGGCACUCCAGAUGUUGUGGAUUACAUCCCCCAUAAUGCUCUUACACCCAUAUUGCUGGCAAAGCAUCAUGGUAGGUGUAGUCCAAAACAUCUGGAUUGCCGGGGGUUGCCUAUGCCUGCUGUAGGGUUUGCCUUAGGUAAGGGUUAAUGUUGGGCUUGGGUUGAUGCUGUUUUUGAGUUAGGGGUAGUGUAGGGUUAUGGGUAAGGUUAGGAUAGGUUAGUGUGAGGGUUAGGCUUGGUAUAGCGUUAAGUGGGGGUUUGGUGAAGUUAACAUUAACUGAUAAAAAUUAAUUUAGAUCCUAGACAUAUCAACCAUUUAUAUUUAUAGAGGAAUCUAUGAGAGAUUCUUUAGUUGCACGUGCACUUUGCACUUUAAAAACGUGUAAACAAUAGAAGAAAGACAAAACUACUGAGGAACCAAUGCUACUAUCAUAUACCUCCCUCUAUACAUACUUUAUACUUCAACUGUGACAUUAGUGGGCUUAUUACCCCCUUUUCCCUCCUUAAGAACUUUGCUAUUUAAUUACAACUAAGGAGUUUCUCUCCAGUAUUAUCCAUUGUCUAUUUCCAGCCAUGAUCGUAGAGAGGUUUCAUUUUUGACUAGUGUAUCAAAUAUAGAUAUUAGAUACUCAUCACAGAUUAGUUCUAUUUUUUGACAAUACUAAUCUAACUUAUAAUACAUUUUGCAUUUAUAAAAAAAACAACAUUUUUUAUUUACGUUUGUCGGUCUGAAUUAACACUAGUGAUUUUUUUGUUUUAGCAAUAUUAAAAGUUAAGUUUUAUUCUAGUAGGCCACAUCAGAUUAUACCACCCCUGUACCUGCCCACUUGUUAAAAAUACUGCUUAUGUUUUGUUUUGUUCUUUCUUCUAUUGCUUAAGUCAAAUAGGAGUUACUCCCCUAAUACUUAGGAGUAUUUUUCACCUAAGAGGCUCACCCCUUCUCAUUUUUCUUUUUUUGUAAAAAGUAUUAUAUGCUAAAAAGAUGAAUUUUUUUUAAACAUUUUAUUUGCAAUUAAGAUUGUGUUAGUUAUACAUAUAGAAAAUGAAAUGAAAGCCCUGUCUGUCCUUUAAAAACAAUACAUAAUAUUUAUAGGGGUAUUUUUAAAAAGGGAUCAACCGAUAUUGAUUAUUUUAGAGCUGGUACCAUUACCAGUAAUCUGUGAACUUUUAGUCCGAUAGCUGAUAACUUACCUAUACCGAUAUUCUGUAUCUUUUUUUUUUAUUAAGUGGUAAAUGCACAAAAUAUACAUGCCAGUCUGAUUUUCUUUUUGUUUUCAAGAAUUUUUAGUGUUCCUCUCCCUUCCCCUAUCUUACCUGUUUCUUAGUGGUCCUCUCCCCUCCCCUCUCUCCCUUCCUGUCCUUUAGUGUGUUGCCCCCCUAUCCUUAGUGGUCCUCUCCCCUCUCUAGUGUGCCUCAUUAUGUCUCUUGUAGCGUGGCCAAGCGCAGCGGAGCGCGGUAUAGGAGAUUUAGUUUCCUGUACCCGGUUGUACUGACAGUCUUAGUGAGCCCUUCCUGUCAGUCCAGCCGGGUACAGGAUACUGAAGCUUCUGUACCGCAGUCUGCUCUGCUCGACCACGCUACACUGAGUGACUGGUAGGGGGGAGCGCUGUGUGCUUCCUUCCUGCCAGUCACUCGAUACGUGUGCCUGUAGAGCAGGUGGGUCCUAAGAGAGCCACCUGUGCCGCCUCAUGGAUGCGCCGGCCCUGCAUGCGUUGGGCCACCAACACCUCUCACAUUAUCGGCAAUAUUGGUAUCAAUAGUGGCUGAUACCGAUACUUGACAAAAUCCGGAAUAUCGGCCGAACCGAAUAUCGGUCUAUCCAUAUUUAAACCCUUAAAGGGAUUCUAUAGUACCAGGAAAACAAAGCCAUUUUCCUGGCACCAUAGAAUCCUACAGUGCCCCCCUCCCGCAGUGCUGAAAGGGUUAAAACCCCUUCAGUCACUUACCUGAAUCCAGCUCUGGUGUCCCGCGCUCGCUUUAGGAUUUCCCCACAGGAAAUCAUUAAUCAGUGCUUUCCUAUGGGGAUUCCAGUGACGCUGCAAGUCCUCAUAAAGCGUCAUUCCGACGGCCAAAAAUCGUCUAAGCACCCGGAAGUCCCUACCAGUCUACCAGACAGCCACUAGAGGAGGAGUUAACCACUACAAACUCUAGACUUUACAGAAACUGGUGUGUAAAAUAAAAAAACAUCCAGCAAGCAGCAUUUAUGUUUGGUAAAAUCUUCUUAAUGAAAGAGGUUAGUUCUAUUUUUUGACAAUACUAAUCUAACUUAUAAUACAUACACCAGGGAAUGUCCUGGUGUAUUCUGGUGUAUUCCAGCUGACAUGUAGGCCACACUAGCACUCUUUACAACAGUGGAGUCCAGAAUUGUAUCUAUAAAUACUCACAAUGAAGCAGUUUUAAAGUAGUGCUCCAGCAGCAGAAGACAACGUCAAGACUCAUGUAAGCAGAAAGAUAGGGCAUGACAAAGCGUGAUAAAUAAAGCCUAAGAAAAAAAACAUUGUCUGGUCUAAGGAAUUUCUGCUGGAACAGCUAGAUAGCAAAGUCAGAAUUAAAAUUAAAUAGAACGAAUACAUGGAACGAUUUAGACUUGCAUCAGUAACACAGACGGGAAAGGGUACUAUAAUGAUAUGGAAUUUUUUUUCUCUAAAUGUAUAUGUAUUUUUCUCUAAAUACAUAAUUCCUUUAAUGCCAAGUAGGUAUUAUCUGAAAGCCACGAUGUACCUAAACAUUGAUCAUGACCAUGUGCAUUUAGAAUAGACACAUUUUUUGUCUGGCCGAUAUCAGCUGAUAUUCAACAUUUUCAGCAAUUCUGGUAUCGGCCUAUAAUGAUACCAAUAUUGCCGAUAAUGCAGGUGGCAGGUGGGACCCAGUGCACGCUGUCUUGAGCUCCUCUCUUCAACUCUCACGAGCACCUGGCCAUCAAAGCAUUGACCUCCCGGAAACAGAAUAUAGUGUGCAGUGGGUUCCGGCUGCCCCCUCUCCAAUGUGAGUACUACACACUGAACUAUAUCUGUACUACACACAGAUAUAAUAAUAACACAGACACGAGCAGCGUACACACAGCCACUGGACCACUAGGGAGUGUAGUGUCCCGCUCCCUGGUCACAGGUAAAAGGCAGGGAGGGGGCAGAAUGUUGGUAUCGGUUAUCGCCUGAAAGGUCACGUAUUAUCAUUAUCAAUCGAUCCUUAAUGUGCAUCCCUUUAAAGCUACUGCAUGAUGGAUACAUCUACAGGAUAAUACCUUGGAAAAAAGCACUUGUGAUAUCAAGCUGUGGCCUUAAAUAUAACAGUAACUUUAGUAUAUCCGAAUGGCCGGCACAGUAUCCAGACCUCAAUACAAUACAAAUCCUUUGGGAUAUAGUACACUACAUCCCAAAGUUUUAUAUUGUAUUGAGGUCUGGAUAGGAUUGAUGCAGUGUGGCUAAGAAAAUCUGCAGAAACUGCACAAUGUAAAUAAAAAAAAACAGCACCUUGAGGUAUCCAAGCUGACAAUAAUUCUGAAUAUUGUGGAAGCAAAGAGGGCUAAAAAGAACCAGUGAAGUGGCCACUAUACCUAUUGACACGUUUUCUCAUUUGUUGAUGUGUGCAUUAUAUGUUCUGUCAUUCCUUCAUACCUGAUGCUUGUGCAUCUAAUACAUAAUUACUCUAUUUUUCAGGCUUUGUAAGCUUUGACAAUCCAGGCAGUGCUCAAGCUGCUAUUCAGGCAAUGAAUGGAUUCCAGAUCGGCAUGAAGAGGCUUAAAGUACAACUUAAACGACCAAAAGAUGCCAACCGGCCAUACUAAGGCGAUCAGGUGGGUACCAAACACAGCAAUUAAUACCUCCCCUCAGGAGAAGAGGAUGGGAAAGCACAUGUUUACAAGCUGGAUAUGGUUUGGUCCCAGUGUAGCAAACAAGAGGGCUCUGUUAAGCAGACAUUUGCAAGGCUUUAGGUAGCACAACUUCCUCAAUACAAGACUAACAAGCUACAAAGGGACUGAAGUAAUAUACAGUCGGUGGGUGAUGGGUGGCAUUAUCCAGACUUAGAGGUCACUGGUCCCAAAUGGAACUUCUGUACCUGUACAUCUUGGUCCAGCACAGAAGGUGCUUUAAUGUAAGGACCCGGUAGGUGUAUCUUGGUGACAUGCUGUGAGUCUGGUCCUGUUUUCCUUGUGCGUGGUAUUUCUGUGUUUUCUGUGUUUUGGAUUUGUGGAUUUCCUCAUGUUUUCAUUAUAUAUUUGUUUUCUAUAUUUUACUUUCAUUAUGGUUUUAAUUUGCUUUUCAGUUUCAUGUAAACUAAAAGCUUGCUCCAGGAGGCAGAAAGAAAGAAAGGAGCGUCUUUAAUAACAAUAGACAGUUAGGAAUCUGCACGUGGAGCCAGUAGAGACAUCUGCCCAACUUAACCACCUGUUCACCUCAAUCAAUAGGCAAACUGUGACUCCUCUCAUACACUGGAAGAUGGUGGAAAUUGUGGUUAAAUAAAUGUAAUACAUAGUGUAAAGUCAUAGGUUACAUACUGCUAACCUAAACUCAUCAUCUUCCUGUAUCAUGAGCGUAAAUAUUAUCUAACAGCUAUAAUGCUGAUACUUUGUGUGCCAAAAAGUUAUGUCCCCACCUUACUGGCCUCCAAAAUAUUUCUAAAAAUCCAUAUAUGAAAGUAUUUCAUCAUCGACUAUGUCGAAUUAAAUCCUAGGGAAAGGUAUGUAUAUGAAUAUAAAGAAUUAAAAUAAACAUGAAUUUACAAAAAAUAUGAUUAUAUACAUAUAUAUAUUUAAAUUACAUAUAAUGUAUAUUAAAUUAUGAUAUAUAUAUAUAUAUAUAUGUAUUUAAAAUUUAAAUGACUAUAUAUUUAAUAAUCCAUAUAGGUCCAUAUAUGUAGUAUAUAUUUUAUUAACUGAUAUAUAUAUAUCAGGGACACCACAUGACCAAAAAAAAACAGCUUCUCUUUUUCUGCCGCUUGAAACCCACCCACCUCGUGCCAGGGUCCAAUCAAAUCAUGAGAUGACUCUGUCGCUUUGACGUAAUCCUAGCGACCAUUGGCUGCCCUGGGACUCGUAGCACCGCCCCUUGUAAGUUGCAUCCAAUGGAAUGACCGUGUUGUAUUUCAGACUCCUGCCUUAUUCCCCCAUCCCUUCCUUUUCCUCCUUCACAUCCCACCCCUGAGGAACAGCUCUACAGGAGAUCCCAGAGGUGUUUAGGGUGCAUGGAGUGCUGUGUAAAUCUGGAUUUCUAUGUGUCAUUUUGUUGUCUCUUGUGCUCUGUAGUCUGUACAGGGCGCCAUGAUAAAGAGCCACAACACCCUUUGUGAAACGCAACCUCAAUCUGUCUUAAAACCAUCUGGGGAACCAUUAGGGAAUUUUCCAUUUAGCUCCGCUGAGUGGCAUCCAUCUUAACUUUGGACGGGAAGGACAAUUGACCAUCACAUAUAUACAGACAAACAGACUGUAGCAAUAAACCCAUCUGACAAACCUUUUUUACCAGAUUGUUGCUUUUUCUAAUGACAUCACUGUCAUAAGGUGGCAUCCUCAGCGGAAGAAACAAGAAAAUUCUUAUUUGUUAAAUUAUACAAAAGAGCGAAUCAUUGCCCCUUAGUGCAUACCGAGGUAAUGCAUAAAAAAUAAUUCACAAAAUAUGUAUUCAGUAAGAGAAUGUUCUUUAUUAACUAUCUGUAGAAACCCAGUAAGUAUUUGGGAGUGCGUUUGAUAAAGGGUGAUGUGAUGCGCUCAGUUGGAUAGAUUUCUCAUGACUGUUCAGUUGUAAUUUUGAUUCUUGGUAAUUUGGCUUCUGACUACUACCCCACUGUUUCCACCAAGUUCCCAUCAUCACCCAUGUUACUGUCUGUAAUGUACCCUGUCCUGCUGCCCCACGCUAUGGUAAUGCAACCGGUUGGCGAUUUUAGCUGUGGGCUGUGCAUUUAAACCUUGGCUUGUGCUGUCUACUUUUUUGCUUCUUUGUCCUUUACCACCUCUUUACCUCAUUGUCACACGUUAAAACAUAAUACCUUGACCAGGUAGGAGCUGCAAAGGGAAGUGAGCCUUGUCAUUGUUAAGACAACCGUGGUUUGCAUAAUAGGACUAUUUUGACUGGCUGCAGACAUCUGCCUGUUUUAUAAAGUGCACUUGCAAUUUACCGAGUAGUAUGAAUCAUUUACAUUCCUUGAAUUAUAUCAAAUAUAGAUAGGUGGAGCACACAGUGUCAAAUAAGUGCAGGCUAGCCUCUGUCCUAAGGUCACUCCCAACCGCUUACAAACACAAAGCAAUAUUGUAUAGAGAGUAUCAAUACAAAAUAACAGGGCGUCACAGUCACUAUAUAAUUACCAGCUUCAUUUGGAAUUGUUCUCAAAGGUAAGGAAGAGAAAAACCAGUUAGUAGAUAAAAGUGAUCAGUUUAUUAAAAUAAAUAAAAUUAGAAAAAGUAUAUAUUCAGCAAUGGCACAAACAGAGAUGUGCAACAAUCGCAAGUUUCGCCUAAAUAGGCUUAAAUCCCUGUUGGAUAGCCGCUAUAACCAUCUAGCUUCACAAUACAAAGUUCUAAAGUGCAAGUGCAAAACAAUCCAAAGCUUCCAGGAAGUUGGAUCGACGAAAAGCGUAGAGCCCUGAUAAGACGACCCUGUGAGUUGGUAUACAAGCAGCUAUCGAUGCACCUUAUUUUUAUACUCUUUACUUUGGAUUGUUUUGCUGCUAUCAAAUAGGGAUUUAAGCCUAUUUAGGCUACUUUUGCGAUUGUUACACAUCUUUGUUUGUGCCAUUGCUAAAUAUAUACAUUUUAAAAUUGUAUUUAUUUGAAUAAACUGUUCACUUUUAUCUACUAACUGUUUUUUCUCUUCUUUACUUUUGAGAACAAUUCUAAAUGAAGCUGGUAAUUAUAUAGUGACUGUGGCGCCCUGUUAUUUUGUAUUGAUAUUCUCCAUACAAUUUUGCUUUGUGCUUGAAUUAUAUCGGCAUGAAAUGUUUUCACAAUCCUUUAUGGGGAUAAUUUGGUAUAUAGGAAUGUAAAGAGAUCUCUGAAGAGGAGUGAAUUAUACAGAAAUAUUUUUGAAGGGAAGACAGACACUAGAGUUGACAGCUGAGCAAAUAGUCAAUUUGUGAAGAUGCCAAGUCAUAUUUAAAUUGACAUUAUACCUCAUAAUGAGGAAUUAAAUAAGGUAAAAUAACUUAUUUAAUGCAACUCACACAUACUUUAAAUAUUAAUGGAAAAUGGAUACUGUAUAGGGCUCUAUCACUCCCAGAAAUGGUGCUAUACAACAGAAUGGUUUGCUACUACAGAUUAAUACUGGAACCUGCAGAGCAGAAUGCAUACCUUAUAGCCCUCCACAUUGGAUUAUGGGAAACAUCAUUGGAAAGAGUGCUUUAAAGCUCAUAACACUCCACUUACAAACAUGACUUCCUACCCUUGCUUCCCUUAUUCCACAUCCUUUGCAUGAUAAUUGAAACAUGAUCUGUUCUGUCAUUCUCUCCCCUCUCUGGCUGUCAUCUUCAACACACUUUCCACACUGCUCUCCUUACCCUGUUUUCCAUACAAAGUAUUUAUUUUGGUGAAACACACAAACUAUACAAGAUAACUAUACAUUGACUCCCCUUCUCUUGAAAUUGCAUUAUAACCAGAUGAUUCCCAAUGGAAUGCUCAGAGAUUGUCUUGCAUGGCCUUUCCUAACCCUUUAAGAUAAGGGGUUAGGAUAAAAAUAUUAAGAGUUCGCAGUUCAAGUUUAUCUAGUGGACUAGAACUAAUUAGUGAGGAUUACACAUAUUUUCUAUGGAAAGAGCAUAUAGACUCAGUUAAAACUUCACAGGGUGUUAUUUUUUAAUUCCAUAGCACAAGGAAAGCAAACUUUGUUUAAGGCUGUAGGCAUAUCAGGGAUGAAGCCAAAGAGAUCUGUAGUUUUGGGCUGUUGUAUGUGGUACAUGGAAACAGCUGGUCACAGAGCAAACAACCUUGGUCACAGCCACAGCCUGGUGACAUCCAGCUGCCACAUGUAGACACCGAGGAUGACCCCCUGACCCUGCCCAUCCCGACCUUGUGGCUUCUCCAGCAGCAUUUCUCUGCCGUGUCUAGGCCCUGUGGCUUCUGCUCCUCACUCAUCUGGUACUUUUGAAUUCUGGGUGAUGCCUCAUGUUAGUCCUAAUGACUCUACUGGCUGUGGCCACUAGUAUAGCCUAGUUUGUUUGUUUUUGUAAUGAUACUUUCCCACAUUUUUUAUUUUGCAUUAUUUGUACAUACUGUUUAGAGUUUAUACUAACCCUGUUGCAAGGUCACAUGAAAUUAUCACAAAUUUGAUAUUUUCAUUCCAUGUGGUUUCAUUCAAGGUUCAGUUUCUGUUGUGUACUGCUUGUUGCCAUGCCAGAUACUGAACAGACACUGUUUUUGGACCCACUAAACAUAUCAGCUUAUAACUUGUGAUCACCGUAGUGUCCACCUCACACACAUGUUGGGACAGGUAAUGAGUCUAAUAAAUAUGUAUUAAGAUAUGGUGGAAAUAAUUUGUGAACAUCAUGACUGGAAAAAGAUGAUGAGUAUACCGUACUGGUAGAAUUAAACAGCAGUCCCUAAGGUAAAUAUGAAUAGAAGGAAUGGAAUUGAGAGAACAGAACAGUAGCUAAGUAAUCAGUGCAUGCUAUCAGUAGAACAAAUAAUGGGAUAACACAACCCCGUAGCUUCAUAGUAAACAGGUGCUGUAGGUUAAAUGGGUGGUGGGAGCAAAUUGCUGUAGGUUGGUAAUAAGUGCAAAUACAGUAUAUGGGACAUAUCAAACACUAUGGCAACACUGAGUAGAUGCUAUGUGUGGGGCAGGGAAUGAGUAGGUGUCCCUGUUUAUGUACUGUAUGAAGAAUCGAUAGAUCUACAGAAAGAUAAAACAACAAUCAGACUGUGUAAUACGUAAACCAGGUUAGUCAAUAUUAAAAUAAAAGUAUUAACAGUUAAACACCUAACUCUUUACCUCUUUACUUCCAUUUUGUCCCAAGCCCUACAUUAUUUCUGUUCCCACAAACAUCUGCACUAGCACUCUUUCCCCAGGAUUCAAACCCAGAUGAGUCAGGUGUCAGGCAUGUUGGACUUGUGAUUUGUGCCAGUAACCUUGUUGAGACAUUGUCAGUGUUCUAAUUUUAUUAAAGACACAGAGGCUCCUAUUAUGCAUUCUCUUUCUUUAUUAUACUCCCAGCAGCAAGAAAAAGGGAAGCAUGAGAGAACCAUAGAAAAAAGAAACCAUAACAAUAGCCUGGUAACAGUAGCACCAAUUAGCAUCCAGUAUAAUCCAUAUAGGUGUAGUGCUCCUUGACUCCUCCUCUUUCUUGCUGCUCCCUCAGACAAGUUAAGUACCUCAUCUUGCUACUCCUGUGAUUUCUUAUACAUUUAUUUGUAUUUGCUAAUUCCUAUACAUUAUUUGGAUGUUCCUUAAAUUGUACAUUGUGCUACAUUUAUUGUAUAUUUAUUGUCAGUUCUUUUGUCUGUGGUAUAUCCUUCUGGUGUCAGGGGAGUGAUUCCUAUCUGGUGUCAGAGGAGUGCUAGUCCUCCCUGCCUUCACCUAGGGGUUGUCUUCAUCUAUUUUCCCUGUCUGGUGACUUGUAUUAAGGCAGCCGUUUUUCUGGUGCUUGUGUCGCACCUCCGGUUUCUCUCAGCGGUUUUUCGGGCGGCCGCGCAUGCGCAUCCAUUUAGUUUCAUUUUCUCUUUACAAUUCGGCUGUGCAUGCGCAGUUUGUGGCGCGGCGGCCAUCUUUUUGGUUUCCAUCGCCGCGAGUGUAACGUUCACUCGCAGCCGCCAUUUUAAAUGUGAUUUCGGUGGGAAACUGACACGUAACGAGCUUCAGCGCAUAACAGUUUCUCCUACCUGCCUAAGCACUCUCCUAAGACCCAGAAUGAGAUAUCAUUGCUGUUUUUGUGGUUAUUGCUGCCAAACUGUAAGUGUGGUGUGGAGGAUUAAUCUAUCCUGACACCCUUUUCUGUUUUUCUCUCUCAAUAGUUAGUUCUUUUCCUUUACAGGCUACUAAAAUCUGUUUGUACACUUAGGCACCUAGCCAAUAUUAAUAAGGCUAUUUUACUGGGCCCAAUAUCUUGUCACUAGUUGGACUUGGAUAUAUAUAUCCCCUGUAAAGAAUCUAUCUGCUAAAUGCAAGAUCAGAGUGAGAGACCUUCAGGGUCUACGUGCCCCACACCAGUUGUUUCCCCCUCUAACAAGGGAGGUACAAGUGACGCCAGCCUCAUGGCAUCGGAGGAAUUUCAAUCCCUCCUAGACUCCACCAUAGCACAGUCCAUUAACAGAGCUUUAACCUCUGUGAUGGGGGUCAUGUCAUCUUCUAUCACUCAGACACAGACUAGUGGCAUGCAGAACACACGCAACCCGGGACCCACUAACAUGGCACAACCGGGACGCAAGGCUUUGGCAAAGAGCAGACAUGUGGCCUCCCCUCCAGAACUGCAGGUUCAGCCUGCAUCGAAUGACACGCCUCAGGCUGUCAAAGAUGGCGCGAUACCACCGCGCACUAGAGCCCCUGGCCGGACAAAAUCAACCAUAGCUUGCAAACGGGCACGUGACCAUGGGUAUUCGUCCGAUUCGGACCGGAGUUUGGAGGAGGAGUAUGAUGACUCCUAUAUGGACCACUACAGUGCGGAAUUUUCAGAUUCCGGGUCUGACAUUUAAACAGGCAUUGCGACCCAAAAGACUACGACCCAAAUUCGCUUUCGCCCAAUCGGGCGAAAGCGAAUUUGAUUUUAAAGUAGCGAUAGGCUGGUUGCAGACAUUAGUCUGCAUGGUGGGUAACGCCAAUUCGGCUAUGGCUACCGAAUGCCGCAAGGUGAUUCUCCUGAAAAUAGAGCCCAAACUGGCCAGCAUGGCGACCAAUGAGCCGGGCCCAGCUGCUAAAGGCUUACUUUUUGGUGAAUCCUUUAUUAAGGAUCUUGGGCUGUACGUAAAGACAUUUACAGCACUUGAUAAAGCUCAGACAUCUCUUAAGAGAGUAUUCGCACCUCGGGUUUUUGGAGGGGCCGGCAGAGGAAGUAGCCAUCUACCCGGCCGUGGAUUUCGAGGCUCAAAUAGAGCCGGCAGAGGCUCCUUUAAUAACCAGAGACCGGUACCGGAGCGACACUAUACCCCAUUCUUCCCAUCUCGGGGACAGCCCUGGAAUUCCCACGGACCACAGGGGUCUGUUUCAGGCAGACGACCUUAUGGUGAGUACCGAGUAUCUCCUUUUUUCCCAUGUAAAAGUGGGGGGCAGACUUGCAUUGUUUCAUCAUGCUUGGAAAAUUUUAACCGCAGAUGUUGGGGUAUUAAAGAUGAUACAAGGGUACCUAUUGGAGUUAACCUCCCACCCUGUUCAGACGCAGUUCCCUUGAGAACUAAAUAUGGCCGACCAACACCAAACAAUAAUCUCAGCAAAGAUCGCAGUUAGCGUCAAAAAUCGCUAUCCAACAAAUCCCAUGGGACACAGAAGGGAUCGUGAGCAACCUGUUUCUGGUCCCCAAGAAAGGGGGCGGGGUACGCCCAGUAAUAAAUCUCCGACCUCUAAAUGCAUUUGUCCAGUACCACCAUUUCACCAAAAAAUGGAGGGUAUUCAUUGCCUUCGGGACCUCCUCAUACCAUCGGAUUGGAUGGUCAAAACAGGUUUACAGGACGCUUACCUGACAAUCCCUAUUGCAGAAGCGCAUCCGAACCUACUGCAGUUUCAGUGGCAGGGAACGAAAUGGAGGUUUGUAUGUCUGCCAUUUGGCCUAUACUCUGCUCCAUGAUGCUUCACAAAAGUGCUGAAGCCAGUGAUUGCCUUCCUGCGCACACGAGGGGUCAGAUUAAUAAUUUAUCUAGACGACAGCCUUCUUCUUUCCCAGUCUCAAUCCCAACUACGCAUUCACCUAUCCUGGACGACCCACCUUCUCCAAAACGUAGGAUUCUUGGUCAAUUGAGAGAAAUCAAUUCUACAACCCUCCAGAUGCAUGGAAUUUCUGGGUUUCCAAGUGGACUCUGUCCAACAGAGAUUGUGUCUACCCAAAGAUAAAAUGAUUUCGAUCAAGAAAGAGAUCAGACGACCUAUGCAUCGUACGACCAUUUCCCUCUUUCCCUCCGACAACUUGCGAGGAUCAUAGGGCUAUUGGCAUCGUCCAUACAGGCGAUCUUGCCGGGACCGUUACACUAUCGUGCCCUACAAAGGCUCAAAGCCUCAUACCUACGCUCCGGUUACUUAUACGAAACCUGUGUUAUACUGGACGAAGACUCCAGGGAAGAGCUGGACUGGUGGCUAGCCCACAUGGAGGCAUGGAACGGACGGGCGAUAUUUGGAUCGACGCCCGACCUGGUCAUAGAGUCGGACGCCAGCUUACACGGCUGGGGCGCACAUUGCGGGUCAGUUUUCACCGGUGGCAGAUGGUCAAACGAAGAAUCGCUGUUACACAUCAACUACAUAAAACUAUUAGCAGCGUCCGUUGCCAUUCGCAGUAUGACCCCCCACAGGCAUUUCAUGCUCGAUCUUAAUCAAGAUGGACAACAUCUCAGCGGUGCGUUAUAUCAACCACCUAGGAGGGACGAAAUCCAAGGUGCUCGCUCUGAUGGCUUGAGAUUUUUGGCACUAUUGCCUGGAACACAGCAUUUCGGUAAUAGCAGAAUACAUUCCAGGGCAGGACAAUACGAUGGCAGAUUGGAACUCCCGAUAUCUUCGGGACGCAGGGGAUUGGCAUCUCCACCCAAUGAUUUUCCAGCACCUCUCUCAACUCUGGAGACCUUUCAAUAUAGACCUCUUCGCAUCUCGUCUAAACACCCAGCUCCCUCGGUUCUUCAGUUGGAGACCGGAUCCAGAUGCUCUGACUACAGAUGCAUUCCUACAGGACUGGACCAAGGGCAGGAACUACGCUUUCCCCCCCUUUCAACCUCAUUUCUCGGACUCUAGUGGUCUUUUGAUAUUCCAGGGGAACACUGGCCCUUGUAACCCCGUUAUGGAGGUCACAACCUUGGUUUCCUCAGUUAUUGGAAAUGUCGAUAGAUUUCCCACAGCUGUUGCUGGACAUGCCCUACCUCUUGACCAACCCAGAGGGAAUGAGUCACGAACUGGCCGACCAGGGUCUACUUCAACUGAUGGCAUGGCUCAUUUCCGGAGAUCAUGGAAUCUCGAGGAGGUUCCGCAGACGACACUCAGUCUCUUGGCAGAGUCGUGGGCACCAGGUACCAGACGUGCCUAUGGGUCGGCUUGGAGAAAGUGGACUGAUUGGUGCGUGGGACAGUCAAUGGAUCCCAUAUCAGCUCCUACAAAAGCAAUUCUACAAUUUCUGACCCUACUCUUUGAGGAAGGAAAAGCCUUUCGUACUAUAAAUCUUUACAGAUCAGCCAUAUCAGCGAGACAUAUGGGAUUGGAUGGCACCCCAAUUGGUAAACAUCGUCUUAUCUGUCUUUACUCAAAGGCAUCCAUCUUACUCGCCCUCCUCAAACUCGAUAUUCUUCCUUUUGGGAUGUCAAUAUGAUGUUUAAAUUGAUCGAAUCUUGGCCAUUGAACCAGGAACUUUCUCUAAAGCUAUUGUCGGCCAAGCUGCUGAUGCUGUUUUGUUUACUUUCAUGUAAACGGGUUGCUGAUGUCAGAGCACUAGACUGGCAUGUACGCGUUUUUGUCCCAAACAGAGUAUCCUUUAAUAUUUCACGUAGGACAAAAUCCUCGACUAAGGAAGUUUUCUACCCGUCGUUUCUGGACAACCCAAAUUUGUGCCCUGUGUUAUGUCUGAAGGAAUACGAGCAUCGUACGGCCUCGCUCCGUCCAGAGCAAACACAUCCAUUAUUCAUCUCGUUCAAAGUACCUCACCUACUAGUAUCUAAUAGAAACAUAGAAACAUAGAAUGUGACGGCAGAUAAGAACCAUUCGGCCCAUCUAGUCUGCCCAAUUUUCUAAAAACUUUCAUUAGUCCCUAGCCUUAUCUUAUAGUUAGGAUAGCCUUAUGCCUAUCCCACGCAUGCUUAAACUCCUUUACUGUGUUAACCUCUACCACUUCAGCUGGAAGGCUAUUCAUGCAUCCACUACCCUCUCAGUAAAGUAAUACUUCCUGAUAUUAUUUUUAAACCUUUGUCCCUCUAAUUUAAGACUAUGUCCUCUUGUUGUGGUAGUUUUUCUUCUUUUAAAUAUAGUCUCCUCCUUUACUGUGUUGAUUCCCUUUAUGUAUUUAAAUGUUUCUAUCAUAUCCCCCCUGUCUCGUCUUUCCUCCAAGCUAUACAUGUUAAUCCUACUUUAGCUCGUUGGAUCAAAUGGUUGAUGUCAAUGGCAGGCAAAGACACCUCAAUUUUUUCCUCACACGCCAUUCGCGGGACUAUGGCCUCUAAAGCCGCCAUGAUAGUUUGCAAAUGGGAGGAUAUCCUACGGGCAGCCGACUGGUCGAAUGAGUCUACAUUUCGUAAUUUCUAUUUUCACCCCGUGCAACACAUUUCCAGUUCAGUGAUUGGUCAGCUUUAAAAUAGCAUAAUAGGAGCCUCCGUGUCUUUAAUAAAAUUACCAGAUUUUACUAUUAACAUGACGUAAAGUCAUGAUUUUAUUAAUGACACAGAGGCGAGUAUUAUUCCCACCCAUCCUACCCAGGGUGGUGAUUAAGUUGCAACCCAGAAAUGGGGCCUUUAGGAUGAUUUAAUACGGUAAGUACAAGAUCCUUCAUGGCACAGGUGAGUAAGUAUUCAAUGAAUAUGGCUUAUAUGAUACUUAUUUCGAUUUAGCAACAUGGUUGACGAACUUGAUAUAUUUACAUCAAAUGAUUAACAUGGUUGAUGAGUUGUUAAUUGCAGAAUAGCAGUCACGAGAUUUCGAUAUUACCAUAUUUUUCUUCUCUUUUAGCUUGAAUACAGCUAGAGAGUUGGCGGUUAAAAUUGUUCUAUAUUGAAGUUCCAGUUAUGGUUUUGGUUCGUGAAUUCGUAUUUCUGGUUGGAAUACCUUGGAAUUUGCACUAAUGGUCUUCGGGAUCUACGCAGAAAGAGGAGUCGUCAAGGAGCACUACACCUAUAUGGAUUUUACUGGAUGCUGAUUGGUGCUACUGUUACCAGGCUAUUGUUAUGGUUUCUUUUUUCUAUGAUUCUCUCAUACUUCCCUUUUUCUUGCUGCUGGGAGUAUAAUAAAGAAAGAGAAUGCAUAAUACUCUCCUCCAUGUAAUUAAUAAAAUCAUGACUUUACUACAUCAUGUUAAUAGUAAAAUCUGGUAAUUUCCCAUAUCUUGCUUUGUGUUUCAGUGGGUGUACCUGAUUUUGGGGUGCGAGGGGAUCCUGGGUCCAGCCCCUCGUUACUUUCUCUUUCCAUGCCUCAUGACGGACUCCAUUUACUGCUGCUGGACCAAGGAUACCAUAUUUUCAGGGGAAAACUCAAACCGCUGAACCCGGUAAUUGCCCAAAUCUUACCAGCAAGAACCUCCCCCUCGCGCCUUGGAGGAGGAGGAGGACACAUUCCUGGCUCUCAGCGCACAUCCUGACGGGUGAGGAGCAAGCAGGGCUAAACAUUUAAACGUCGGACACCGGAUUUAUUUUCUACAUGUUAAGUGACUGAUGAAGGAAAAAAAAAAACUUUAAAAAAAAAAACUACUGUGUUUUAAGACGCAAGAGAAUUUUGACUGCAAAACAGAUGAAGUGUAGAUGCAACGGCACAGGGGUGAAUAUUCUGGGGAUCAUAUUGUGUAGAGUUAAGGUUUAUUUAAUCCCUCAGAGGACAGGGAGAUUUGAAAAAAAAAUGUCUUCAUAUUUCACAGGCAGCCCUAUCCCACGGGGUCAAAGGGGUACCUACAGAAGUUGCAGGUAAUAGCCUGCAAAUAUCUAUGUUAAAAAAUCUGGAGAGCAAAGUGACCAGUGACCUGUCCAACAUCACAUAAAAAAUUAACCAAUGGGACACAAGUGUGAUUUUCUGCUUACAGAAAAUGAAGGGUGCAAUACAAUCAUUAUAAUAUGGAUUAGGAGUGUAAGAGCCAUGAUGCAUUUCUGAUGUCACAGAGCUGUAGUCCUAAGGCCCCAACAACCCCUAAACCCUUUCAGCACCAAAUAUUGUAGGUAAUGAGUUUCAAAGCAUCAUUGUUUUUACUAUGUUAAUCCUUAAACUGGCAAAUUUUCCAUUAUUACAAAGCAUGAAUGGGUUAGUUCAGUGGUUCCCAAACCAGUAUUCAUUGCCCACCAACAGUCCAGGAUUUAUAUUUCCCUGGUUUAUUGCAAUGGAGAUACUGAUAAAACCUGGACUAUUAGUGGGUCUGGAGGACUGGUUUGGGAAACACUUGAUUCUCAUGGAGAACAUCCACCAUGAUCUUACAAAUCUCUCUAUAGAGAGUGAUUUCAAACAGCUUUAGGAGAGGAGGGAAGGCAAGUGAAUACUUAUGCAGGAUUUGUCACUCAAAAUACAAAUCUGCUGACGUUUAAUAGUAAAUAAUAAUAGUUCACGAAAAGCAUUACACUAUUUGAAAACUUAAAAACAAAAUAUGCACUUUUUGAAGAUACAUUUACAGGGACAACAACCAAAAGCUGACAGAUCUGCUUUAAAAAUGAAACCUAGUCUAUGAUUUAACUAAUAUACACAAACAUAUACCAAAUUAUCCCUUACCCUAAACAAAACAUCCAGUACUUGAAGUUAAAUUGCUUUUUCUUUCAGACUUCUGGGAAAUGCAAUAUAAUUUUGCACUCUUGCUUACUACAACGUCUUCCAGCAGCCUUCUGCUCUGGAUAGAUUUCUUGAAAUUACCCCAUCCCCAGUUCAAACUGUUUAUUUACCAUACUGAAACAAUUAUAGCAUAUCAUACAUUGUCUGUAUGUAUAGGUGUGUGUGUGUGUGUGUGUGUGUGGCUAUGACCUCUUUUCUCUCUGUGUGUGUGUGUGUGUGUGUGUGUGUGUGUAUAUAUAUAUAUAUAUAUAUAUAUAUAUAUAUAUAUAUAUAUAUAUAUAUAUAUAUAUAUAUAUAUUUAAUACAAUGUUCUGGGUAGGCAUAUGCAGAUUUGUUUAACAAAGAAUCACAUUUUUUGCCUCAUUCCAUUUUAAACAGAGAUUCCUUUGAGUCUGUGUUUGCUGUAUACAACAGCUUUGAAACACAAAAGCAUACUCACAUACAUACAAAAGGUCAUACAAACAAUGGUCCUUUCCAUUUAUACAGUAUGGGAAUGUCUCUCUGUAACAGAAAAUGUGGGUAUAACCACAAGUAUGUUUGAAAGGUUGUGCUUAUGCCUGCAUGUAUGGAUAUCCUCUGUACGAAUGGGAGAGUGUGAGAAUCCAGUAUCCAUGUUUGUAUGUAUGAGGGAGUGUGGUUGUGCCUGUGUGUAUGGGGGGAUGUUGGUAUAUAUGUAUACAUGAGAAGCAUGGGUAUGUCUGUACGCGUGGAAGAGUUAGAUAUGCCUGGGAUGGCAUCUGUAUAGUGUAUAUUAACAGAUUGCUUUAAAUACGUGGGUAGGGCCAUAUGCACAGCGAAAUAUGUUGGGACUUUAUACAUGCUAAAAAUAAUAUGUAAUUUAUAUUAGGAGUUGAUAAAGAUAUUUACGCCAUAGUAAGGAAUGUCAUUUAUACUAAGAGACUGCUGUGAAUACUAUAAAUAAUAUAAAUAACACAGCCCCUACUCUGUGUUAAAUAAGAGGCUUUAACAUGGAUAUAUGAUGCCAUGCUAAACAAAGUAGAUCAUGUAAAACUGUCUACCAAAAAAAGUGGCAACCCUGGAUGAAGGGCUUUUAUAUUUGCUACUUUUAAGUUUCAACAGUGGGCUGCAGUGUAAACCUAUAAUAAUCAUAUUAAGAGCAUUGCACACAGUACUAUCAGCUUCCUUCUGUAAAGCCAUUUUCAGCAAUGACACAGCCCAUGGAGUAGAACAGGAGUGACCAUCCAGCAGUUGUAGAGCUUUAAGCUGGCAAAGCGUUAUGUUAUGGUGGUUGACCUGUUUGUCAUCACCAUAUAGAAUCACCUCUAGAACAGAAGAUGAAAUUAUUUUAAGACAGUCCUACAAUAUACAUUUUUGUAUCUACAGCCCCUUAUACGAAGUCUAACCACACUAAGUUAAUUUGUUCAUUUAGGUUUCUGUGCUACAGCAUUAUAACUAACCCAUACUGGUAAAGCCCAACUGCACAGCAUUCCCACUAAACAUUUACCAAACGGUAUGCUUGGGGAUCAGUAUUGCCAAAUAUCUUAGUCAUUUUACAGUCAAAGGUCUGAAAUAGUCAUUAACUGGAAACCUCUUCCUAUUAAUGCAUUACGUACAGCAUUAACCCCUUCACUGAUCACAAAUACCCAUGAUUUUGCAGUACCAUGUACAUUUCCUGCCAGUCGUCUAGGAAAAGCAUUGCAUCAUGCUUUAAGGAUUUCUGCAAUGCAUUGCUUUGUAAUACUCUUCACAGAACAGUAUUUUACCUCCUUGCUCACAAUUUUCUGCUACCAUACAUUCUAAUGUGAAUAAAACCUGGGAGAUGAGUGUUGGAGGGGGUUCUCUGCUUAAAAAGAGAUUAUACUGCUCAAGAAAACUGCUUUAACAAUUUGAGCACCAGGAGGCCAGCAAAGCACACCUCUGCUAUGCAUUACUGGCCCCCUGACGCUGAGAGCAUUAACCCCUUGUGGUACAGAGUUGCCUGUGAAUCAUUUACUUGUUGCUAAGCUUGGGGUUUAUCGUUGUCCGUGUAUCAGAGGUCACAGAUGCAGAACUGCCUCCAAUGCUUGCUCAGAAAGAAGAUAUGAAAUGUUUACAGUCUCUGAAAUCUCCCGGAAUUGUACAUAAUUUUGUUUGCAAUGAGAGAGGAAAAAAAAAUCUCUACCAUUUUAUCGUAAAACUCUAGGACUUUUUUUUUUGGUUAAGUGGGAAUGGGAACUGGGGUAAAGGGUAUUUUAAUAAACAAAUGAGGGAGGAGGGUGGGCAGGGGUAUAUCAGACCAAUUCUUAAUUAUUAUAUAAUACUUAACUUAUUUCUUAUUUAUUGCUGUUUAUUUUCAAUUAUUUAAUUUUUUCUGUCUAAAUUAAAUAAAUUUGAUUAAAAGUCUAUGUGCAGUUGUUUCUGGCUCAAAAAUAUUUAUUGGCAGACACAAAAUCACAAACUCAGAGCAACAAACAGUCUAAUCUACAACACAAUGCAAAUCAAAUCACUCAGCUUCUAGGGUGACUUCUAACAAAAGUAAAACCCAAAUACUGCUAACUAAAUACACCCCAAAAAUCUAAGCUUGUUUACCAAAUUAAAAUAUUAGGGUGGGCGGAAUUUAGCAUCCAGGUUGAACAGGUGCCAUUCUCUAGAUCUCCUGCUAGAUUGCAAAUUAUCCACUAAACACG